CCUUCCUGGUUGCCACAAUGUAAUCUUUUUAGUACCAGGCAGUGAGCCUUUUUACCCUCAAGUCUUUUUUUUAAACAAAACAAAACAAAACAUGUUAACCACGAACAGAAAUAUCUGAUGCUGCUUUUAUCUGCUACUUUUAAUUUUAUCGUUAACUUGAGUGUUCCUUGCCCUCUUUCUCUCUCUUUAGGCUGCCAAUAGCUUUAUAGUUAUUUAUUCCAUAAAAUUUAUACACUGUUUGAUUGUAAAAAAAAAACCUGCUUACAAAAAGAGAAAAAAAUAAAAUCGAGAAACAUUCACUUGAAAUCAUCCAAAAGUUAAAAUACUAAAACAGAUUAAAAUUACCUCCACUUUCUAAGCACUAGGGUAGGCUUGUCUAAGCAAGAAUGGCAUAAGCUGCCAAAAAAUUAAUAACUGAAAGGUGAGCAGCAUUUUCUGUGUUUCUAUUUGAAAAAACAGGCCCCAUCUUUGUAACUAUUUGCUGGUAAUUUUUAAAUACAGUACAAAUACAGUACAGUAUAGAUAAAAGAACGACCUCAUUAAAAGGACUGCUUCCUUUUAAUAGUCAGCAUUUUCCUGGCACGGGGAGGCUGUGAUAAGGCGCAAACAGGUGAUAUACCUGUUGAAUUUCUGCCUGCGCCGCCCAGAAGAAAGCCGAGCCGGGGCCUGCAGGGGUCACAACCGCCCACCAGGUGGCGAGACGUCCCGCCAGUUCCGCGUCACAUGCACCUAAAACGCUGAAACCCGUCCUCGGAUGACCCGGCCAGGCUCUUGCAUCCAUUCUGAGCGUCUCGCAGCGGCAGAAGCUGCAUGGCGCCUCCGCUUGUUGUUGCAGCCGCAGCAGCAGCCGCAGCAGCAGAAGUUGCAGCCGCCGUCCUCGGACCCGGUGCAAGCUUAAGGUAGGUCGGCGUUUCGGGACAGGGCUUGCCGGGCCCUUCCUUGCACGGCGCACCGCCAGGAGCAGAGCGGAAAGGAUCUGGCAGGGAGGUGGUGGAGGUGGAGGACUAAAGCUCCGUGUUGCGAGUGCGGGGAGUCCGGGAGCUGGGCUUGGGUGGGGCUCCCCACUGGGGAGCCUUCCCGCUUGGAAGUCUGCGUGCGGGUCUCUCUCCGCCUGCUGCUCCAUGAUCCUGACACGUCAGUGAGGAAACGAGCCAGGGCAGGGAGCGUUCCGAAAGGACGCGAGGAAAGGAGACGGAGGGAGGGUUUGUUGUAUCUCUCGGCGGGGAAGCGCGAUGUUGGGCUGGGCAGGAGGAGGUACGACCUGGAGGGAGGGAGGGAGGGAGCCGUUAAACGCAGAGCUCUGCAUGUUGCAAACGGGGCCAUUGAGUUAGAAGGCGCUCGUUGCUGGUUGGAGAAUCAAGGGGACCCGGAGGUUUGGCGCUGCAGUCCUGCGCGCGCUUUUGUGGCAGGGAGUCUCCUUGAACUCAGCUGGGUUUCCUUCUGUGUGGACUUGCCCAGGAUCGUGGUGCAGUUGGUGUCAAAGCCACCGGAAUUGGAGGCUGCUUAGAUCCGAAACCUUGUUUGCUUCUGUGCUGAGCGAACGUCUUUUUCUCUUGCCUAAACAAUCCAACUCAACUAAGGUAAGAUCACAGGGCUUAAUUUGAGCCCUGGGGAUUGUCAGGGUUGAGGCCUGUGGCAUGUGGUUUGUACUCUGUAUCAGGAAGUUUUUAAUGUUCGAUAUUAAAUUAUUAGUAGUAGUAGUAGUAGUAGUAGUACUCCAGAGGAGGGUGAAUGCUGAGUUCCUUUAUUCUACCCGCAGAAUGACUCUGAAUAGACUGCUUUACUUUCAAAUGUCCCACAAGCACUCAUUAUAUACUAAGUAAUGACUGGGUGAUUUUCCUCUUUUUCUCUUAACUGGUGAUCUUGUAUUUUUUUGUGUAUUAUCAUCAGCACCGUUACUGUCCUCUUUUUUUGCUCUUAAUUUUCUAUUACUUUGUUGUUGCUGCUGUUAUUCAUAUCAUUGUCUGUUUUGUAAUGUAAUGUGGGAAUUUAUGCGGAAGAACUUGGUCACAAGGCAUGAACAAUAUAGGAAAGUGUCUGAAAAGCGUGUUGUAAACACUUUUUCAUACUUCUGCUCUCAGUUAGUUGCCAGAGAGGUAAAUGAUUGCUCAAGUAACGUCUUUAGGGCAGACUUUCUGUGCAGGCUCUUUUUUUUCUUGUCUGUUUUAUGAAAUUGAUGAACAGGAUGAAGAAAGAGGAGAUAAUCCUAGAGGAAGCCAACUUUCCAUUUGAGUGUAAAUAUAAGAUUACACUGCUGAACUUUAAUCUCAAAUUUCCUGGCUGUUUGGUUCAGUUAGUGGGCUCUUCUCAGCUUGCGUCUGUUGAGGGACUGAGAGGUUUUACAAAGCCUUGGUGUCUCUCUCUCAAAUCCAUUGUGUAGUCAACCAUGCAGAAGCUUCUUAUAUUUCUUGUUGUCCCUUAUUAAAAGUUCUACGUAGCAACUGGAUUUUCUGAAAAAUAAGUGGUGGUGAUGAUGUGUAAAACAAAGUAUGCCCACAGUGAUUAAGAAACAAGUUUCUUUCAAAAUUAUUUAAAGAAAUUGUAAUGCAGAAUGUAUAGGACUCUCCACCCUGAUCACAGCCUAAUCACCUCUGCUUUGACUCUUAGUUACGUAUGUGUGUUACUGUGUGUCUGGUCUUUUCUAGAGGGAUUUAAAUCAAAUAUUUCCUACUUAUCAUUAUUGGGGCCUGUUUGACAUAAACCUGAGCCUCUUGCUGUAAUUAUUGCAAAAUACUGUACAUACGUAAUUGUUUGUUGAGCUACAUUUGAGUUGUUGUAAAUUUUAAUGGUUCAGAGUGCAAUCUUCCAGCAUCUUUCUGUGCAUAUGAUGAAAGGGCAUAAGAGGAGCAGCAAAAAUGUCAUUUAAUAUUUACUAGGAUGUUUGUUUAAUACUGCCCUUUCUGGGAUGACUAGCGGUACUAAAGACAAUAAACUCAAAAUAAUAAAAUACCAGAUUGACACAGAUCAGUUUAAUAAAUAUGAAUAAACCCAAUCUCUCCAAAUUUGGGGAAGAGUUAUUGCUCAGUGGUAGAGCAUGUGUGCUUCAUUUAGAAGGUCUCUUGUUCAUUCCCUGACAUCUCCAAGUAGGGCUGGAUGAGACCACCAUAGUCUGAAAUCCUGGAGAGCCACUGCCAAAUCUGUGUAGACAAUACUAAGCUAGAUGGGCCUUCUAGAUGGAGCUUCCUAUGUUCCUAUUCUGCUUGCAGAUCAAAAACAUUUACCCACUUAACAGCUUCUGCAGAGCUGAAUAUAAAAGAGCUGUUUGAUUGCUAACACUCUGAACAUUUGUCACUUCCCCUCCCCUUUUAACUAACAACUAGAUCUGAAAAAACUUUUUUCAGCUCGAAAGGGACUAAGUAAAAUAGUCCUAUAAAAGGCAAAGGGAAGAGAGAUUCUGUCAGCAGCCAUAUUUCUUUAUGAGAAAGAAAUGAAAAGAUUGGGUCUUAAAGCUUAUAUUGCCAGAUCUGCUGAUGUGUCCAUACACAUGUCUGUAAACCUGCAUCUUCUUACACGUGUUCACAGAAAUAUUCCUUUGGGGUUGUUUAGUGGACAUGAAAGAUGCCAUUGCAGUGGACAUGACUACUGAAUACCAAUGUCAUUUUGCAUAUCUGGGGCAUGUCGUGGCUUGGGAGAAUUACCCCAAUUUGUUGUUGUUAAUAUAUUCAUCUGCAGAAAAUGGCUGAAAGUACCGGUAAGUAAAAAUGGCUCCGCUGUGCUAUGGAACAGAAAAGGUGGUUAGUUCAAUGCAAGGCAAAACAAAAAACAAAACAAAACAAAACAAAACACAGGCUAUCCCAACCCACUUUGCCUUGAACAUAAGCUCAAUAAAGUUGACUGAAUUUUCACUGUGACUUGUUGGGGUACAAAUGUGACUGGGUGUGGGGAUUUUAAGAGGUGCUUAGUUGCCAGUUGGUGUAGUGGACAGCUCCCUGUACCUGUAUGUUGUGAACUGCCCUGAUACUUGUGGAUGAAGGGCAGUAUACUACUGCUACUACCCAGAUUUCUUUCUUUCUUUGAUCUGUGUUUCAAGUUUUCCUAUCCCUGAUUAGGCUCAGGCUUAUUGUGGAUGGAUCUGAUUCCACCCUGGGUUUCUAGAAACCCUCCAUCAACACAGCAGGGAACUUCCUUUUAGAAUGAGACUGGCACUUGCUUUCUCACAAGUCCUACAAUGUGGGAAAAUAGCAAACAUGGCUAAGAGGCAAGGGAACAGGGAAGAAAGGCAAGGGGUCUAGCUAACGUGAAAAGGUCUGGCUCCCACAGUGAUCUCAUGGGGUCAGAGUGUAUUGAAGAAUAAGAAUCCUGGAAGAUUCCAUAAAGUUAAAAAGCUUGGGUGUACAGGAGGGGUCUGUUUAUAGGAAAAUGCUUAUCGAAUUAGCAUUAACUCAAGUGCAAAAAGUGAUCUCAUUAUCAUCAGAGGGCUGGAAAAAAGCAUGUUGCACUACAAAAGGCAGGGUUUGUUUUAUAUAAUAAUAAUAAUAAUAAUAAUAAUAAUAAUAAUAAUAAUAUAAAUAAAUUAUUUAAUGGGACAACAGAAGACAGGUGUAGUCAGCAGUCACUGGUCAUGACAUUUAAAUUUUCAUGCCACAGACUUGCAACAGCCAUGAGGGUCAUUUUUCCUCUUAAGCAUGAUAUGAUUAGCUAAACUGUGUUUGUUGUAGGAAUUUAGCUUUUAUUUCUCAGGUAAUGCAAUCGAAGCUGCUUCAUUUAAUUGGGGAAGAGUAGGCUUGCUAGAUGAAAUCUGCUACUUGCACGGGAUAAUUAAUGGGCAAAUUAGAGGCAUUACCUGCACAAUCUAUGGCUUGGUUCUGGGUGUGGGGGAAUAACUAGGCAUAUAUGUGUACAAGAUCUAUUAUUUUUUUUGGGGGGGGUAAUACUCCUUAACUACUGUGAAGAGGAUUUAUGGCAGGAACUGCUAAUACUUCUCUUAGCUUAGGCUUUCUCCUGUUUCUUUGCAACAGGACCACCCUUGUUGAGAGCAAGCUGAAUUACACAUACAGUCUUGAGGCACAUGAAGAGUUCCAGUUGGUAACUGGCUUAUUGAGUCAGCAUGUAAGUCAGCGGUGGGAAACCUGUGAGCUGCCAGAUAUUGGUGGACCACAGCUCCCAUCAACCUUUCGGACAUGCUGGCUGGGAAUGAUGGGAACUGGGAGUUUGCCAAUAUUUCCCCACGGCUGAUGUAAGUGUUCAGGAUUAUGUGCUCCAAGCCCUCUCAAUCAGUGUAACAUUAAAAAAAAUAAAAUUCUAGAGUUAGAAGGCAUCUCAGAGGUUGUCUAGUCCAACCUCAUGUGAUUGCAAAAAAUCCACUGGUACAGUAUCCAUGCUGAAAUAGCCAUUCAACCUGUUUGGGUAUUUCAGAGGUGAUGCAAUGGCCUUGAACUUUGAUAUGUUGCUGCCAUGUUUCCCUUCACCCCCACACUAUUUCCACAUUGCUGUUUGUCUCAUGCAAGCAGUUGUCACUUGAAGACUACUUCCGAAUUUAUUUGUCUAGUAUAUGUCAUCUCUCUCUCCCUCUACCUUUCUCACACCCCUCCCACUGCCCCCAAUACUCAGGCAGUCCAGCCUUUGCAUAGGGGCACCUAGGCACAAAUGGCUUAAGGUAUGGAUAUAACUAAGACUGAGCUGUGCAAGGAGAGCAAACUUAUCCCCGUUAGAUUAUUGUUUACCUCUGGUAAAUUAUCUCUAGCCAGUUCUUGGAGAAUGAGGUAAUCUUUCUGCUCUCUAGGAGUAAACACAGCAUUUACCUCUUUGUAACAUCCUCCGAAGGAAAGAGUGAUUUACUGGGAAGUGUUACAUAUUUUUCUUUUACUAAGAAGACUAUACAGUAGGUGGAGGUGUUGGGAUAGAUUCUGACUGGAGGGAAGUCUGAGAGCUCUGGUUCCCCACCAUCUUCCUCAACUUGUUGUAAAUAUGUCUGAUCAGGAAUAUAAAAUUUUUCUGUUUUCUAAAAAAGUUUUUAUGACAUUUCUGGGAACAGAAACAGAGCUGAAAACACAGAGGUGUCGGAACUUGAAAAAGAGGUAAAUAAAAAUUCCUGCAGUGCCAGGGGACAUUGUCAACUUGCUCUGUUGCAUGCAGUCAGGGCGACACUUCUGCUUUGGCUGGCACCCGGAUACCCAGCCAAAGAGUUUUCCUUCCACAUGUGGCUGAACCGCACAAUUUAAGCGGCAUGCCCCAGGCUCCUUUAAAUCAAGUAGAGGAUUGUAAGAUAAAAAGGCUGCAUGUGAAUACACAUGAUGGAAAUGGCAUCUUCUGCAAUUCAGGAGCCAGUGUGGUGUGGUGGUUAAGAGCACGGGUAGGCAACCUAAGGCCUGGGGGCCAGAUGCAGCCCAGUCGCCUUCUCAGUCCGGCCCGCGGACAUGUUUUUACAUGAGUAGAAUGUGUCCUGGUUAAGAGUAUCGAACUAGCACUUCAUAGACCAGGGUUCAAAGCUCCACUCAGCCAUGAAGCUCCCUGAGUGACUUUGGGCCUGUCACUGCCUCUCAGCCUAACCUACCUGACGGGGAUGUUGUGGGGAGUAAAUGAGAAGGAGAACCUUGAGCUCUGUGAAGGAAAAGGUGGGAUGUAAAUGCUAAUAAAUAAAUGUUGUAAGGGAUGUGGUUUCCAUGGCAGCCCCCCCCCCCUUUGGCUUUGUAACUGCUAUAUUUAAUUGUAUGAUCAGGCUAGCCCUGAAACCGUGCAGAUUUUCUUUCAAUAACUGUAUAUAUAACAUGAGUGAGACUUGUUGCCUGAGGAGAAAUGGGGUAUGGCAACAUUACUGUAUGGCGCUGCCAAGGGUUUGCCUUGGGUUACAUGAAAUGGUUCUUGUGCACAAAAUUUGAAAGAAAACUGAGCUAAUCAUCACAAUCUACUAUGAUAGAUUAAAGAAAUUUUUAAAAGACAUUUAAAAAAUAAAUAAUAAAGCCCUUACUGUUAUCUUUUUAUAUUUCUUUAAAUUCAUUUAAAAUAUUUGGUAUAUGAUACUGAGAUGAAACAAGUGGUGCAUAAAAGUUCAGUCCCCAAGUGGUCCGUGAGGGGGAAAGACCUGCUGUGCUCCAAUGAAAGUGGUGUUACAGAAGAAUACAGGCUACUUGGUUCAUGUUAAUUGUACCUAGUAAUUCUAGGCAGAGGAUCCUGUUUUCCAGUUCAGUGAUUUCAGAUGGCUAUUUCUAUCUAGCAGGGUAUUGUCUCCUGCGGUAUUUCGGUGAAGACUUUAGUCUUCACACAUCACAAAAUCAGGUGUUAAGCUGAGAACAUAAUGCUCAGUUAACAUGUAAGCUAAGUCAAACGGAGGCUCUGCACAAAUGAGCAAAUAUUUGGUGGACUCACAGAGCCCGGUCCUACUGCUGCUAUGCCUCGGUGUUGUUGGGGUUUUUUGGUGGUGGCAGGUUGUUGCUGUUGUUUCUUUCUAGUAUCUGUAGUUUAGAUUUAGUUGUGAUUUAUGUGUAAAUUGUUUAGUUUGGCUGUGUAUUUAAAAAAUGUUAUAUUUAUUGUUUAUGACUACUUUUGUUAUGUUGCAUUUUGCAUGUUGUAAGCCCCCUUCAACAUGGUUUGUUGUGGAAAGGCGGCAUACAAAUAAAACUAUGUAUGUAUGUAUGUAUGUAUGUAUGCAUGCAUGCAUGCAUGUAUGCACCCAGGGCAAAGUGAUGGUUUGACUUAGCAUUACAUCCAAACCUAGAGUUGUGGCUUGUCUCCCUGAGAUGAACCACAAGGAGUAAAGGCCCUGGAGUGUGUAGAGUGACACAAACCAUGAACAAGGUUUUGGAUGUAACAGUAAACCAAAUCAUGGUCAUUCACACAAACUCAUGGUUUUGCAGGUUGCAUGUGAACUGGGUCCCUGUACUGGGCUGGGAGCAGUGGGUGCUGUUCAUGAACCCUGUCUAAUCCUUCAGCUUUGUGAUUUUACUAUAACAUUGAACUGAACUGAUUUGUAGAGGAAGGCAAUGAAAAUAUUUGGUGUUUGAGGUAAAAUCUCUGUGUCCUCUUCACGGUCUUCAAGUUUUGGCAUGUUAGCUGCUUGCUCUCCCUUACUGUUUACUGUGCAAUAAGAAAAGCAGGUGGGCCAUUGUAUGAAACUGCUCCGAGAGGCAAGGUUUUCUUAUUGUUCUAGCAAUUCAUCUUCUGAAUGAAAUCUGCUGUGGCUUUAAGCGGACCUGGUUCCGAAUUAGGGUUGCUUUAGUCUUGGACUUUUAUUGCGGCUGCACAGGAAGCAACUGUUCAUGAAGGGAAAAUAUAAUUCCAGCCCUUACAAUUGACUGAGUGGGCUGUGCAGCUCCCUCAAACCUGGAAGCCUGCUUCCUCCACGCCCUUAAAUAUGUCAGUUUAACACUUGGGGUUUUAAGGCAUUCUUUUCAUGACCUAUGAUUUUGAUUGCACACCUUAGCAUUUUUAAACACCAGGGGUCUGUAGUGGCUGCUUGGGGAAUAGGAGGAGCCUGAUGGGCGUAGCUGUUCUCACUUCCUGCCUCACAUGUCAAUGGAAUGGCAUCCUGUGUUACCCCUGGACACUGUUCUCUCGUCCUGCAGUAAAUAUCAAGUAUUGUAUUACAAUACAGGCCCUUGCUUUUUUGGCUGAAACUCUGGGGCAAUGGUUAAUGCAGCCCCAUCUGCAAUGGCUCCUCCAGGGCCCAUAUGGACUCUGCAGACAAAAAGCAGUGAAGAGGAUAAUGAGUCUAGUAUGUAGAAAUUACGGGAAAGGUUGGAUAAAAGUUUGGAUUUCUGGUUGGGAGCUGCAUCUGAAUCGCCAAAUGAGCAGGGCCUGCUGGAGUAGAGAAAUGGGCUGACAGUAGAAGGAUGCAUACCAAAGUGGGUAGGAAGUCCUUUUCAACGUCUUGUGUGUGUUUAAGCUCCCUCCAGAAACUUAAGAUGUAUCACACCCUUUCCUUGGUGCCUAUGUGCCUUGGUGCAGAUGUGGCAACUAAAAGGAUCGAGGAAGCAGUUUAAAAUGUGUCAGUGCAUGCAUGCCAACUUCAAAUCCUGUUGCUCUUUGGGUUGGGUUGCAAAUGAAUUGUGGUGAGUUUGUGUGUGUAAAGGAGAGUGAGUAUUUAUGUAGGUGUCGCUAUACUGCCCUUCACUAUACUACACCAGGCGGUGCACAACAUAUCAAAACACAUCAAUGCAGAGUCUUAAAAAUGAUUAAAACUUCAGCACAAAAUAGAAACAGCGUAAACUAAGGACUCAUCCACACUUCUGCUUGUUCUAUGAUUUCUAGGCAUGGGUCCGAGAGGUUUUUCUUUUCUCCUACUGCUUUCUCUAGGAAAACCUGCUGUUUACCACUGAAUCAGAACAAAGGUCAACGCUCAGGACAAAACAAAGACCUCUCAGACCCAUGCCUAGAACAAGUGCAAGUGUGGAUGAGCCCUGAAAUAACAUAAAACAGCAGAGGGUAUGAUAAAAAGCUGCCCUCAGAAAUACUACACCUCUUCACUUCCCAAAGCCGGGCAAAAGAAGCAUGUUUUCCUCACUGAGGUGAGAUGUACCCUGAUGGUUCUGAAGUUUUAUUGAAAUAAACAGGCAGCUUGAAAUAAACAGGCAGCUUGCCAGCGCAUUUGGGUUUUAAAAGCAACCUAUAAGCUAUUGUGGAUUAUAUCUAAGUAUCUAAAUGUUAUCCAAUUUUCCAGGGGAAGGAAUGUGGAACAUUAAGAUAUACACUGUAAAUCAUUUGCCCAGAGGACGUAUUUGCUGCUGCCAGCUGAAAACUGAAUCUGAUUAAUCUACAGUUCUAUUUUUAAUUAUGUAAAAGUUGUUGAUCCUCUACUUCUUUUUUCUGUUUGAACCCUGACAAGUUUCUUGUGGAAGAGGCAGUUGAUGUCUUACUGCCUCUGUCCACAACCUCCUUCAUUGUCAUUUUAGUUAGUGAAGACAGGAGAUGGCUUUCAGGUAAGUGGGCUCUAGACAGGAGUGUAAGGUCAUAAAUACUCAAGCAGCUUACAGUGGGUGAUAUCCAACAUUAGUCAUACUUAAAGUAGACAUCUGAAGGCAGCCCUGUAUAGGGAAGUUGCUAAUAUUUGAUGUUUUAUGCUUUUAUAUUUGUUGGAAGUGUCCCAUAGUGGCUGGGGCAACCUAGUCAGAUGGGCAGGGUACAAAUUAUAAAAAUAUUAUUUAUUAUUACUAGACUAAUUGAAAUCAGUGGGUUUCAGAUACUUAGGUCAAUUGAUUUCAGUGGAUCUGCUCUACAUAUGACUUAGCUGGAUUUUACCGAGGGGAUUUACAAAGCAUUAACACAGCUGUAGAGAGAAAAGAGCAAUAGGACAUAGACAUUUUUCUGUAAUUUACUGAGUUGUCAGGAAAGCAUUUUUAAUCUGUAAUAAUAUUCUGCAUUGCACUUGAACCGGAGUGUGUAUAAAGGGGAAGGGAGGAAUUGUGCCUCCAUUUUUAAAAGAAGGGUUGUUAGUACGUUGCAUAGCAGAUGAAUAGGAUUCUUCAUGCACUCAUCUGCUGCCAAACACUGAUGUUAUUUGAAAACAAAGACUUUCUUCAGAGCAAAGUUUAGGCUGGCAUGGCUAUGAAUCCCAGAAUUAUUUUACAUUUGGAUGAAAACAGUGGUGCCCUUGUACUUGUAGAGUGCUGGAAAGCUGCUCAUCCCCAAGUCAAACCCUGGUAAGCAACUCUUUUUAAUCUUGUUUGCAAAUCCACUGUUCUCCUGGUAGAUACUGAAAAACAAACUUGAAAUUAAAAACUAAAUUUGGGCUAAAACUAUUCGAGCCUAUAACAGAAAUUGGCAGUCUCCUAGGCCGUGCAAGUUGAUCAGUCACAGACAAUUGCAUUCAUGUGCUGCAAAAGUGAGAAGCAGGUAUGUUGAGUGUCCAGUUUCUGCAUGUGUGUGUAUUGGUAUAACAACUUUGAGGCAAGGGAGUGAGUUAUGCAGCCAUCCAUUUAGGUGAGAGCCAAACUAGACAUGGAGAAACUGUGUUAAAACACCUGUUUGUUCUGUUCAUCUAUAAAGUGGGAAUGGAAGUAGCCUAUGCUUUGCACAAGGGACGCGGGUGGUGCUGUGGGUUAAACCACAGAGCCUAGGACUUGCAGAUCAGAAGGUCGGCGGUUCAAAUCCCCGCAACGGGGUGAGCUCCCGUUGCUCGGUCCCUGCUCCUGCCAACCUAGCAGUUCGAAAGCACGUCAAAGUGCAAGUAGAUAAAUAGGUACCGCUCCAGUGGGAAGGUAAACAGCGUUUCCGUGCGCUGCUCUGGUUCGCCAGAAGCGGCUUAGUCAUGCUGGCCACAUGACCAGGAAGCUGUAUGCCGGCUCCCUCGGCCAAUAAAGCAAGAUGAGCGCCGCAACCCCAGAGUCGGUCACGAUUGGACCUAAUGGUCAGGGGUCCCCUUUACCCUUUAUGCUUUGCACAGGGGGUGGGGAAUUUUUCCCCAGCCUGGGGGCCACAUUCCUUUCUAGGCAACCUUUUGGGGGCCACACACCAGUGGUGGAUUGGGCCAGAAGCAAAAGCAGGCAGAGCAACAAAUGUUCAUUUUAUGUUUGUACAGUAGGUUUCUUUCUACACAAAAAUUCAUGACAGAGUUAAAGGGCACAUUUAAACCAGGCAAAAGCAUUCAAGGCCAAUGAGGAGUUAGGAUCAGGGAGAAGUGAUGCGGCCUGCCCCAUCACUGUCCCUUAGUUCCACUAUUUAUAUGGCUGUCAGAGUUGCAAGUAUCUCAGAUGCAACAUGGACAAGUUAACAUCAAGGAUAGCAAAUAGGAUUAUAACAUGAUCCAACAGCCUAAUUUUCAUUUUGUUAUCACCUGAAUUCUCCCUUAUGGGACAUCUAGUUUGGGACAUUUAGUAUGGGACAUCUAGUUUGGCCCUACAUUAAUAAUACUGAUUUUAGAAUGAGCCUUUAAAUUAUCUGUCUUCUGUUCCUAAUCUGCAUGUGAUUUUUGACUUCUUAAAUAUUAAAGAUGGGUUGGGUAUACUAGGUUUGCUAGGCCAACCUUAUAAAUUGGGAACAGUAGGAAGCUGAGGAAGUUUCCCCCUCAUUUCAUAGCAAGAGUUGAAAAUGCAAAAUAGAUAGGAACUUGCAACAGUAGACUAAAGAAGUUGAAUGGGUUGCUAGAUUCUCAGCUCAAAGUGACGAGUAGUCACUCAUUAGUGCAAGGAAGGUCUGAUUAGAUCUAUCCGGAGGUAUUCAAGUACAGCUUGACUUCAUUUAUUUUAAAGGCCUCAUUUGUUAUAUGCUGGAGUAAGAUUUCCUUAUCACCUUGUUUUGACUCUGAUGGCAUUUCUUGGCAAUGCAACCUAUUUGGAGAUGUUUGUGGAAUUUCAGUGGUUGCCCUACAGGGCUGGCAUAAAUUUCAAGCAUUCUCGUAUUUUACUUGUGAAGCGCUAUUCAGAGUGGAUUUGGGGAGUAAAGAGCUGUCUCUGAUACCAAGAUAAUGGAAAAUCCUACUAAGAUGUAGCAUCCUUCCACAGAAGCGUAUUUGACCACCAUCUGCGUAAUUCAUAAUUACUCUAACACAAAGUUCAGCCUCCUAAUGUAAUGGAGGGCAUUGAGGGUUUAUUUUUAGUGGAGUAACUGGUUUUUUGACAACAGUUUUUAGAAGAUGGAUUCAACCAGGAGGUGUAGGGAGCUGAGAUCUUGCCAUGUUGAAGCAAACAAAUGGCUAAUUACCAUGGCCAAAAGCCAGUUAACUGUGCCUUUGCAACAUCACCAUCAUAUCAAUAUGGUCAUGAGAAUGAACUUUCAGUAUCCUUUUAUAACUGUCUAAAGCAAAAUAAGCAAACCUUUAAAGUUUCUGAUCUUUUUGGAAAGCUAUAUAUCUUUUAAAAAUGAUCUAAACCUAAUUAUCAAUUUUUUUCACACAAAUUCCUUUUUAUUUAGAAUGUAUAGUACACAGCUGAGCAUUAAAGAGAGAACCAUUUUGUUACUAUCAUAAACUCAAUAGGCUGCAAGAUUUCCUACUUACUUUUGCAUUCUUUUUGGUUCAACUUAAUUUUUCAAGUUCAAGUCUGAGCAUAUCCAGACUUGACUACUGUUUGGAAUCUUCUCUGCUACAGUAGCUGUAAGCUUCUGUCGUUUUAUAAGAGAAGAUUAUAUGCGAGAUAAUUAGGUGCCAGAUUGUAGGUCCUCAGUUUAUUCUCUUUGUAGACUAGAAAUGCGUUUUGUUUUGUUUUUUAAAAAAAGAAGAAGUAAGGGUGUGAAGUUUUUUGUUCGUUUCAUUUUGUUCUUGGUAAGUUUUGAUGAAAUGUCCUUCACACAGGAAAUAAAGAAAGAGAGAUUUCUUCAGGAACUAAAUUCUCUCUCUCGCUACUGAUUGUUUUGGAUCUACCAAGUUCUCCCCCUCCCAUUUUCCUUCUUUUAUUUGUCCAUCAUAUGAUCCCUAGAGUUAAUCAAAUUAUUUUUCAUGCCUGAAGUCUACUGCUUGUUUUAAAGUGAUCAUGAGAGUUGGUUUACAUUUUCUGCAACUGACGUUUUAUAAGUUCACACUACCCCAUCUCUGUGUGUCACAGAUAACUCUGUAAAUAUAUCAGUCACUUCUCCUGAGAUGAAACAGAGGUGAUUUCAGAGCCCUUUAAUGAACAGGAACACUUUGUCCCACUUUUAUCUUAUUUCAGCACGCUAGUCUUGAGCACAAGUGAGUUGCUUCUAAGAGUGACUGUACCUUGUAUCAUUAGAAGCUGUUUAAAAUGUGUGUUGAUGUAAUAUUUGCUAUUUGAUACAUUAAUAAGUCACGAUCUAAACUCAAAUUGCAUGACUAACUCUGAGUACCCCACCCAAUGGUGCUUUUAACGUAAUAUUUUCUUUUUAGAAAAACCACCCAUACUCUCUGUGUUUUCUGGCAAAUAGGCUUUUGAAACUUAGAAGUCUCAGUUUCUAGAGGAGUAGCUGCAUUAGUUUGUUGCAAUAAAAACAACAGUGUCUUGUGACACCUUCAAGUCAAACUUUAACGUUUCAGGCAUUUUCUGCACUUUAACUGUAAACUUCCCAGAUCCCUAUGGUACCAAGCUUUGAGGUUACUUCAGUUUCUUUUUUCACUGCACCUGUCAUAAUUGGUGGGGUGUUGAGGAGGUCAUAAUAGAUUGGUUAGGUAGCUGUAUCAAGACCACCACCCCCCAAAAAAUUGGGAGUUAGCUACCCCUGCUUUAGGCAGAACUAAGCACCUCUCCACUGGAGUUGUAGCCACAAGCUGGCCUACCAAACAAAUUUUGGCUUUUUACAAUGCCUACGUGAAAUGAUUGUGUUAGUGUUCCACAAUGCACCAGCUCAGUUUUAAAUCUAGCAGUGUCUUGUCAUUGACACAUAGUAAUUAUAUAGUAAUCUUUAUGGUAAAAUUACUAUCCCCAGACAAAUGGUGCUUGACUGCAGCAGAAGCACACGUGGUAUUUAUGGGGUGGAGUGGGGAGCAUUUUGAAAGUAUUAUAUAAGUGCUUACAUGAGGUCUAUUUCUGUUUUAUAAAGAGCAGAAUUCUAUUUGUAUUGUGGGCCACACAAUCCUGAAUUUUGUAGAAGAUCAUGCAUUUAAUACCUUGCAUCAUGUAGUACUUGUUUUGCUUGUUACUUGUUAUUUAUUAAUUUUCCCCAUUUCUUUCUUGCCUUUUAUGUCUAUUUUACAAUUUAUUUUAGUCUCUUUAUGGCAGGGAGUAGGGAGUCUGUAGCCUUCAGGUGUUGGACCAGUAGCGCCAUCUCCAACAUUGGGCCCAACCUCUGUGCAUUGAGUGAAGGUCUCAAGGGAGAGCAGCGUUCCUGUUCAUAGGGAAGAGCUUUCAUGGGGACAGCCAGCAUCCCUUUUCAAAACUUUACUCAGUGUACAGAGCUUGGAGCACAGAUCCUGGAGGGCAGGAGAUGCUUUUCUUUAGCUGCGUGGAGCCCUUUCGCACAAGAAACACUUGAAUGUGGGAAUCUGAAACCCAUCUUUACAGCUCAUGAAUGUGCCUGAGUGCUACUGCUCUAAUUAGAGACCCAGCCAUUGUAAUAUUUGGAACUUGUCUUGUAAUUUAAGUCUUGUCUUUAAUUCCUCUGUUUCAGCUGCAAAGAAGAAAGCAUUAGCACUUACUUAAAUUUCUAAUUUAGGCAUUGUGUUAACAAGCAGGAGUGAAGGUCUGGUCACACAUGACACCAGAGCUGAAAAGAGACAUAAUAUUUUUAGAGCAAUGGGUCUGAUUUGGGAGCACCCAUGCCAUUUUUAAAUCCUAUUCUACCUCCAGGCAUAAGUCCUUGGGGAGUGGGGACAGCUUCGCAUGUUCUUCUCAGAUGUUCUUUCUGCCUUCACCUUAAAAGUGUAUUUGUACUCCUCUCAUUUUUCAGCAUAUGCUGGAGCAUGGCCACUGUGGGACAGAAGAAAGGCAGCCAUUUAAAAAACGCCAACUGUAAAUUCAUAUUCCCAAUAUGGCUGCAGAAAUGCAAAACAAACGAAAAGACACACAGCUUAUAGUUUUAUGUGAAAAGAUCAUGGGUUUUUAGAAAUAUUAAAAACUAAAAUAUAUGCACCCCGUUUAGUAGAAGAGGCAAGUCAGUUUGCUUUCCCUUGUGUAAACUGAGCUGCUUCCUUGCUUGCAUUGAGGGGACAGCUUUGAAAUUGAGGAGCACUCUGUGCAUGUUAGAUGAUGUCUUUACAGCAGUGUGGCCCUAAAGCCUGGCUGAUUGUUGGCAGCUGAAUUAAUCAAUAGUUUCACUCCUAUCAAAGUGAUUUCACAGGAGACUUCUGAUUUUACCUCUCCCCGCAACGGACGUGCUCUGUGGGUGCUCCGUGUAGGAGCGAUUGUUGGAGGGAUUUCUGGGGCUACGCGACCCCUAAAAGACCCUGAGCCGAAAUAUAUCCAGCGGCGUUGGAAAGGGACCUCAGUAUUCUACACCUUUUCGGGCGAAAGAACAGGGAGACCCAGACGCAUCAAAGUGAUUUCACAAGAUCAGCCUUCACUUAGCAGGCACUCUCCAGAUCUUUUGCAGUGCAGCUUCCAGUGGCCUCAGCCAGCACAACUGUGCUGAAUGGAGUUGUAGUCCAAAACAUCUGGACGACACCACCUAAGGGAAGGCUGCCCAAUAUAAUUUCCUAAGUGCUGGAAUAUGCAUGUCAAGUAACUUGGAGCAAUGGUGCUUCCUUUAGAAAUACAGAAACAUUAUGCAGUGUUAUAAUACAGCUAUUUCUAGCACAUAAGAUCAUAUGGUUUUAGUUUACUCAAUCAAUUUCCUACCCUAGAGUGAUUCUUCUUACAUAUGCACAUCGUUUAGUGAGGAAACAGGAAUGGGAAAUAUAUUUAUUAUUUUGUGUAUGUUCGGUUCCUGAAUGUAAUUCGUUCCAGAAAACCGUUCGAGUUCCGAAACAUUCGAAAACCGAAAACUCAGUACAGAAGCCUCAAAACGGAAAAAUUAAUACGAAUAAACUCAAUAAGGAAGCCGCUUUGGAAGUUCGACUUCCGAGGCGUGUUUAUGGCGUUUGAGUUCCGAAACAUUCAUCAACGGAGGAGUUCGAAAACUGAGGUUCCACUGUAUUAGCAAAUUUGAUCAAACUUUGAUAACAGCUAAGAUUUUCAACCAGAGUUAAAUGUUGCAAAGGUAGGUUUACGAUGUCAUCUUUGACAAAUGUAACCAGUCUUCUCACAGGUGAAUGUAUUAGUCACAGACCUCACAGUGCUCCCUGCUAAGCUGAAUUCAUUAAUAUAAUUUCAAGAACGUGGUUUAGAAACUGAAUACCAAAGAGAGGGAAUACAUCAGAGAAAUUAAGUGUUUUAUGCUCGGGAUAAUGCCUACUGAUUUAGCAGUACAUUAUUAGGUACUAUGAUAUGCACAGUGUUUGUGCAUGUGGGGUGGUGGUGGUAUGUAAUUGUGAUGAGAGACUGUUUUAAACUGGCAUUCUAAGUUAGCAUUCAACUGCUUCAUUUUUCUGCUUCACUUUAGUUAGGGUGAUAAACGUUGGGAAGCUAAAAUUCUGCACGUGUUCCUAGAUGGAUAAGGAACUGCAAACAGGUGGUGUAUGCAUGUUUUCCUGAGUGGAAGAAAAAAAACUUGAUUGAGAAAGCAGCAAUAUUCAUGUGAAGUCCCAAGCUGGCUCCUGGCAAUUGUGCCAAUUGUCUGUUCAGAUGGGAGAGCACAGAUGGCUUCACCGAACCAUCUAUUCUUCUCUAAAAACAGGAUUGAUCCUAUUGCCAACUGUUUGGUGCUGCGUGCUGCUGUUUUCUGCAACAGUGCUCACAUUCCUCUGCUUAAUUGUGCCAGAAAUACUGCUGAUAACUAAAAGACUCAAACUCAAGCGAGAAAACAUUUGAAAGCAUAACUCCUCCUUUCCCUUCGCCUUCCCACUUUCCCAACUUGUAAAAGUAAGGGAGCUUGGCUAGAACCCUUUAUACCUGAUAUGUUAGUUCUCUAAAUGCGGGACGUUAAAAAAAAUCAACCCCACCAGGGAAGCAUUUAAAGCUGCCAUCAGUCUCUUCUGUAACCCAAAGUAGUCCUGUCCUAGCUAAGACCCCCUGAACCUCAGGAGAGAUUUUGGUGCCAGAGGAAGCAGCUUCUAGGGGCAGAAGGGAGUGGGACAGUCACGUUCCUCCCAUACACAUCUGGAUGCAGCCAAUUCUUUCGGGGGGGAAAAUCCAUGUUUAUUUUAACCCUCUGUUCAAGUAAGCAUGCUUAGAAUUGCAAUCAUAUUUUCCAGUUUUCUUCUGUGAAAAGUGCUUUCCUUUAAAUUGUCACAAGGUCUAGCAAUAGGUAGGAAGCAGGGAACAGUGAGCUGCUUGUCUAGGUUGGAUCCUGCUCCCAGUCUCUAGCAUACACUUGGUCCUUAAGUUUCAUUUUUCAUUUCUGGCCAAACUGCUGUAAAUGUCAAGCACAUUUUCUCCUGAAGAAAAGCUUCAAGUGUUGGUAAUUGCUGUGUCAGUGCAAUUUUUCAGAUUUUUGUUUCGUUGCCUGCCACCAUACUUAUGUUGACAUUUCCCCACUUGACUAAUUUAUUGCUUUUGUCAAAUGUACUGCAGACGGCACCCAAAUUAUAUUUUGAGUUAUGGAGAUAAUGUUGAUUUUUUCAAUGGAGAGAUGCAGAAGCAAUGCAUUGUGCUUCAGACAACAGCAUAAAAAAAUGUACUGGGGGCUUUCAUAAAUAUUGCAGUACCUAAAACAGGGCAGUUGCAUAACUAGCAAAAGAGGCUGCCGUGCAGCUUGCUCUCAUCGCUGCUUAUCAACCUUGGCAAAUGUAGUGGCACAUCAAAAGCAUCAGGAUAGUUAUCCACUCUUCCAAAUACCAUUCUUAGAGCAAAAAGGAAACUCUGAUUAUGAUAUUUACAAAAAAGCUGUGGGGAAAGCUGUUUUCUUAGCAUUCAGCAGUCUGAAAAGAAACUGCAUUUAUCCUUGCUGGGUUAGAAAAUAUCUUAUUAGUGUUGGAUUCUGCAUGUUUGUAGCAAUGUAAUAUGUGCUUGGGUGACCCAGUAAAAGAUUUGCGUUGCAAUGCAAUUAAUUCAAUCUCUUCCUGCGCAUAAAAGGGAGGGGAGAUUAGAAUUAGGGAUGGAGGAGAAAUUUGAUUCAGUUUGUAUUGAAACCUAGAUCUUUCAAAUUUGUAGUUUCUAAAACAUUAUGAGAACUGAAGCACCUUCAAAAUUUGCACUUAUCCAAAUUGUGCAAUGCCGCUCUCCAACCAAUGUUUACAAAAAUGUUUACAUUAGGGGGACUGCGUAUAAAAAUGUAUACAUUAGUAAAAAUAACAUACAGAAUGCAUUAGAUGAGGAAGAAUUGCUAGUAACAAUGUGUGCAUUAUUUAAAACAGCAGACAAAAAUGUGUUUAUCAGGAGAAAUGAGUUGACUAAAAUGCUGGCAAAUUGUUGCAGAUACCUUUAGGACUGGAAAAACGAGAAACAUCAACAACCCUAUGGCAGAGGCGGAGGAAGGGAGUGUGGUUGGUGUGGUCCGCCCCGGGUGUCACCACUGAGGGGGGACAAAAGGCCGGCGGCACUCACCACAGGCCCUCCAGCGUGCAUGAGCCAUGCGUCUCUCCUGGGAGAGAUGUGGUGGCUUAGGAGCAUGCAGGCUCUUCGCUAUCCAAAUGGUCCGCCCGCUGCCUCCCCCCCCCCCAGCUGUAGGGCAGCUGAGUGGGAGAAGGCAGGUAGACUCCGGAGGCCCUGUGGUGUGCCAUGCCCCUAUGGGUGGCUUUCCCUGCUGCUGGGUGCGCUGCCCGAGCGGAUUCCUCUGCCGCUGCCCUGUGGUGCUUCUCUUGUAUUUAAAAGCUUCUAACCACAUCAUGGGCUUGAUUGUAGGGUUCCUUCCAGUGGGGAACAGAUACCACGGAAAAAGACCCCCACAACUUGCUUCAUCCAUGUGGCUGACAGCCUUUAGAUGGUACAGGUGGGCCCAUGGGGAAAGCACUUAGCACAGCGACUGUGUCAUCUUUAAAGGGUUGUUUGUUGUUCUGUCUUCACUGCCUUAUGCCAAGAAGGCCUCAAGGCAACUUGAAGCAGAAAUGCGGUAUAAACAAAUACAGUAUAAUAUAUCAAAGAAAAAACAACAAGGAACAAUGACUAAAAUAUCCAUGUACUUAAUACAAAGACAAUUAAAAUCCCACAACCUCAGCAUGCUCACCAUAAACACAACAAAGCCAACAAACAGCCCCAUGACUAUAAAAAAAGAAAGAUCAGCGCAAUCAGAUACCUGGGAGAAGAGGAAAGUCUUGACCUGGUGCCCUCCUUGCCAACUUUUCAGUGCUAGGCUUGUGAAUCUUCCUAGUGAAAAGAGGUGCUUCAUUUAACAGUUCUCCCUAAAUUUGAUCUAUCUGGGUUAAACUAAACCAUUUUUUUUAACCAUACAGUAACAGUAAAUUGUAUUCAUGGGGCAUCAAAAGUUUCUUCUAAUGCUUUUUUAAUUUUACCUUGACAAAAGCAAGCUUUCUAGAUAGUGGAGAUGAGGCUUGCAACAUCUGUUCAAAAAUAAGAAAGCAUAAUUUAAAAAUGCACAGUUCGUAAGUUGCAGUGAGAGAACCUCCCAAAUUUACUUAAUUCACAGCUUGUAUUUGAGAGCUGCUAGUUCAGUGUUUUGAUUGCUGUUUUAUAAUUAAUCAUGCCUGCCCGUUUCUCUUUGAAGUUUUGUUUUUAAAAAACACUUCUGGUGACUCAUUGAAUUAAAACUUGGUGUAACGUUGGUAAGAAUGCUGGCAGAUAUGCCUCAAAAACAGGAUUUUAUAAACUGAUGCCUCUGCAAUGUGGACACUGAUAAGCUUCUGUUGACUCCACUUCAAAGGGUGUUGUUUCGUUUUGGGAAAUCCAAAAUGCUGAUUUUGUGAAAGCAGAGCCUUUAAAAAUUUUAAACAAGAGCAAUGUGUUUGCAUUUUCCUUGGUGGUAAUUAGUUCAAGGGUGAAUUUUUCCUAUUCCCAUUCAGAACUCAGAACAGCAUUGUUUAGGAGAACAUAAAAAGUCAGUAUAUUUACUUUUGUACAUAAUGUAAUGAGAAAGCUUUUAGCAUUAAUUAGAAAAUAUUAUUCUAGCAGGAAUGCACCACCUUUUGCUCCAGACCCUUGAUCAUUUUGAUCUGAGAGAGCUGCUGUGACCCAGAGUGAUAGUAGGCUAGACGAACAAAUAAUCUGACCUGGCAUAAGGCAGCUUCUGGCCUUCUAUGAUGGGCAUGCAUAUGCGAACAAAUUAACUCAUACUCAUUCCUCACUCUUUGUGGAGAGACAUCCCUGUUCAGUAUAGUGUUUUGUAUUAUUCAAUUAACUUUGUCUUCUGUAGUAAUCCCUAACAGAUGUCCAGGGCUGGAUCUGUGCAGUUUGUGACACUGAUUUUUUUUAAAAAAACCAGCCUUCAGUGAAGCUACAUUUAGAAAACCUGAUGUUAAAUAAUUCAGACAUGCAGCAUCAUCGUGGUUACUUGUGAUUCAAUCUGUUGUGAUUCAAUCCACUGAAAUGUGCUACUCCUUGUAAAGAGUGGGAGGAAGAACUGCAUGGAGUCGCGUGACAAAGACCCCUGUGAAUUGCCCACAUUGGUUUUUAGUGGCUUUCAGAAAACCACAAGUGGAAACAUGGGAAUUCCAACUAAUAUAUCAACUUGUUAAAUUUCUAGUUGACUUUUUGACUUAACUAGAUGGACUAAGAGGAGAGCACUGUCCUCAAUUUCUUGCCUGAAGGAGCGUCUCCACCCCCAUUGUUCAGCCGGGACACUGAGGUCCAGCUCCGAGGGCCUUCUGGCAGUUCCCUCCCUGCGAGAAGUGAAGCUACAGGGAACCAGGCAGAAGGCCUUCUUGGUAGUGGUGACUGCCCUGUGGAACACCCUCCCAUCAGAUGUCAAGGAAAUAAACAACUAUCUGACUUUUAGAAGACAUCUGAAGGCAACCUUUUUUAGGGAAGUUUUUAAUAUUUGAUGUUUUAACUUCUUUUUUAAUAUUCUGUUUCUUUAUUCUUUUUUAAUAUUCUGUUUUGAGCCGCCCAGAGUGGCUAGGGAAAGUCAGCCAGAUGGGCUGGGUAUGUAUGUAUGUAUGUACAGUGGUACCUCUGGUUAAGUACUUAAUUCGUUCCGGAGGUCCAUUCUUAACCUGAAGCACCACUUUAGCUAAUGAGGCCUCCCGCUGCUGCCGCGCCGCCGGAGCACGAUUUCUGUUCUCAUCCUGAAGCAAAGUUCUUAACCCGAGGUACUAUUUCUGGGUUAGUGGAGUCUGUAACCUGAAGCAUAUGUAACCUGAAGCGUAUGUAACCCGAGGUACCACUGUAUAAAUAAAUAAAAUUCAACUUAUUUUUGCUAUCUAGAUUUUCUCUUUACUUUGUUUGUUUUGAAAAAUUAUAAGCUGCCCUUCAAUUAAAUGGUUCUCAAGGCAGUUUUCAAGCAAUAAAUAAUAAUGCUAUAUGUGCAUACAUACACAAACCUCACACAGACAACCCAGCAGCCUUUAGUCUUCUGCCUGAUGGAAAAGAUUCAGAGUAUACUUCCUAUCCCUUUGUGUCUGCAGUCCAAGGGCAAAACUGGCAGCUGAGUGUUCUUUCUGGCAGAGAUGUCGCAUACUAUCUCACACUAUUUGUCAUAUUCUUGUCUCUCGGCUGGGCAUUCCAAACGAGGGUCUUCUCACAGAAGCCAUUUUUGUGCAUACACAUCUGCAAAUGCACAUCUGGUAGUAAUCUGCUGUGCACAUCUGACAUCUUCUUCCUAGCCCUUUGCAGGAAUAUCUCCUUUUCCCUCCACUUGGAGACUCCGUGUUUGGAUCUGGGAAAUGCACGUUCCCCCUCCCUCCCACCCACCUAAACAUACUGUUGUUGCAACCAUUAUUGGAAUGUAUUUAUACAAAUGUCACCGAUAUCUACUGGAUAUGGGAUAUGAAGUAGUGACAAGUGUUCACAUUCAUACUGCUCUAUAAACUCCUAUUUAUUUGCUUAAACAUUUUUCUAAAAUGCCUUUGGCUGUGCACCACCCCUCCUGGAAUGCUUUCCCAGCUGUGCUGGAAUCUGUUAAUUCUGAUCUCAUGCUAUCUUCAUGAGGAUUACGAUGACCAGAAUUCUGCCUCAGCCAUACGGUGACACUUUCAAACACGAUUCUAUGUAUGUAAGUCCUAUUGGCAUACAUUUCAGAGGUUUGCAAAUCAUGUGAGUUUGGAGACACGCGCUUGUGUUCAUGCCAUAGCCAGUCAUCAUGCCUUGAGAACCUUAGAAAAGUCUUGUAGGGACAGAUCAUCCUCCAAGAGUGGCCUGCCAUUAUUUUGCCCCUUCUGGAAGAAAAGAUACCAGUGGGAAUAUUGAGCAGACCAGUGGCUAGAAGGGAAAGAUUUUAGCUAGGGAUGGGGAAGGCCUGGUCUCCAGAUGUUUUUGAAGUCCCAAAUGCCAUCAGUCUCAGACAGCAGAAGUCACAGAUGAAAGGAGGUGGAGUCCAACAACCUCUUUAGGGCCACGGGUUCCAAGCCCUGAUUCCAAGCCCUUGCCCACCUGCCAUUCCUGUGCUCUCAUCACAGCAUUUGGUAUUGCUUUUCAUUUAACACAAAAAGUUGGAAGAGUGGCUCACAUGUUCCCCAUGUAAUUUUCAAUUUAGCUCUCACUGUAAAAGGAAAUGAAGCUAUCUAGUGUGAGGAGGAAGGUCGAUUAUCUACACUACCAGCUUUAAUUGUCAUUCCCAAUCCUGGGAACUGUAGUUCUUUGGUAAUAUUCAUGGCUUCGUCCUAGCAGUACACUGGGGCCAACCUAGGAUAGGGGUGAAGCAUUGAAACAAGAGUCCAUAAAGCCAUAUAACGACUUAGUUUCCUUUGGCUGAAAAGACCUGCAGUUUAAGAAGAGGAGCUAUGAGGGACCUAAUUUACACUGCUUGUCACUCCCGUGAACAGGUUUUUGGUGUUGGCUGAUUGGCAGUAAAGAGACUUGAAGGUUCUUAUCACCCUCACCAUGAAUAAACAUUUAUAAGACUUCUAGGGAGAAGCCCCAAGAGUUAAACGGAUAGAAAAUUGAUAUAAGUUUGUGGAACAGUUGUACCCAGUUUGUUUGCCUUUAUUUCCCACUAGACAUGGCAAAGGGAGGACAGUAUGAACAGUAGGUUAAUAAUAAUAGUAAUAAUUAUUAUUAUUUUUUAUUUAUACCCCACCCAUCUGGCUGGGUUUCCCUAUGGGUGGCUUACAGAAUAUAUGAAACAUAAUAAAGCAUCAAACUUAAAACACUUCCUAAAACAGGGUUGCCUUCAGAUGUCUUCUAAAAGUUGUAUAGUUCUUUGUCAUCUGAAGGGAGGGCGUUCUACAGUGAGGGUGCCACUACCAAGAAGGCCCUCUGCCUAGUUCCCUGUAACUUCACUUCUCGCAGUGAGGGAACCAGCAGAAGACCCUCAGAGGAGGACCUCAGUGUCUGGGCUAAGUGAGACACUGUCUGGGAUGGAGACACUCCUUCAGGUAUACUUGGCCCAGACGGUUUAGGGCUUUAAAGGUCAGCACCAACACUUGGAUGUCAGUAGAGCAGGGGUAGUGAACCUGGUGCCCUCCAGAUGUUGCUUUACUUCAGCUCCCAUCAGCCCCAGACAGCAUGGCCAAUGGAGAUGGAUGAUGAGAGUUACAGUCUCACAACUUGCCAGUGGUGGCAUGUUGCUCUGCAUAUGCUCAAGGACACUUUCUUCUUUAUCUGACCUCGAACUCGGCAGCUCUUAUCUCUGCAACAGAAUGUACUAGGUAUUUGCAUAAUUUAGACCUUGAAGAUAAUUUAUUUUGCUCCGUCAGCCAGAAAAGGUCGUCAAAAGAAAUGUAGGACAUUUUCAGGCAGUGUGUGUAGACCCCUUGCUGUAGUGUAAGAUUCUCCUCAUUCCACUCUGUAGCUAUUUCGAUUCAAUUUGUGAUCUUGCCACUAACAAAAUGUGUACUUUGUCCUGCUUGAGGAAUAUUGGUGUCUACUUUUGGGAUUUGCUGUAACUCUGAUUUUCCUUUCCCUACCCCAUUAGACCACUUUAGUGAACAGUGUAGGUUUAUUCCUUAACCUAUCCAGGUACUUUCUGAGUAGCCCCACCAUCAAGUAGCUGCUACUGUCUAAUUAGUCAGACUAUUAGACUGCUUAAUUAAAAUCCUUUAAUUAGAGGAAUCCACUAAUUAGGCAGAGCCAACUUUCUAGUAGCAUAUUAGACAGAGCAAGCAUGGGUGGGCCAAUAAAUCUAAGAUCCAGUUAAAAUUGAAUUUAUUUAACUUUAUAUGAGUUUAACAAGGCAUUAAUUAAAUUUAAAAGUGGGAAAGCUUGUAAAGUGCCCCAAACACAUAACAAUACAAGCUUCCUAUACUACAUGGUUCCUGUGAUGUUCUUUCCUCAGGAGGGUCAUUAACGUUCCUGGUUGCAGAAAAUAACCACUUGUUCAAGUGCAAAUCAUGUUAAGUACGUGUACUCUUAGAAUAAAGAGGCCUCAAGAAACACUCUCUCUCACACACACAAGCACACACUCCUGGUCUCUCUUUAAUGAUUAGCGUCUCCAUCAAAGAGGAAUAUUUGCAUUAGGCAGCAGAAUCAUCAUAGGGAGAAAGGGGCAGGGGGAAGAAAUAGCAAGGCAGGACAGGUUUAUACUAAGUACUCAUACAAAAGUAUGCAACAUAGGGAAACUGUAAAGUUUCCUUGUGUUGAAAUGGUGAUGCCAUAGCCUUUCCUGCUAUGUAACUGGCUAAUCCCUGGUUUGAGUACCCGUGUGAGACUAGUCUUCCUGCAGGAAGUUGAGCACAUACACGACAACAGUGACAAGCAGCUGGCUUGCAAGGGGUGGGUGGGAAUUUUGAUAAUUCUGCUGGUGGAUGAUGGACUUUAAUGCACAAAGGAAACUGGCCUGCAUCCACACAUGGUCAAGGAAAACUGAAACUUUCAGUUGUAGAAAUAUGGGGCUGAUGAUCAGGUUAAAUUGACACACUUGAAAAAUCCAGUGAGUUUCCUUCACAGUUGUGUAUUCAUCCCUUUAUGGUUUCAGUUCCUGGUUUUUGAAGUGGGGUGAUGUUUUCAGUUCUCCCUUCCAUUUACUGGAAAAAAUCUUGCUUUGUUUGCAAAUCUGUGUGGCGAGUAACAAUUAGACAAGCUGGUAGCUGAAGACUGCAGAUGUAGCCUGAUAAAUUCCCAUCCAUUUAUCUCCAGGACAAGUUGACAGCAUGUUGUGGUUCUCCCCAGUAAUUUCUGCGGUUUUGGAACUUGCACAGUCUGUUUUACAAGGCAGUCUGUUUGCUGUUUUGAGACCUUUGAACUACAUUCAGUCACUAGAAGUGUCACAGCUCAGCCACUGCUGUAUUAUUCAUGCAGUCAGGUGCUUUAAAACUAGCAGGGCACAUAGCCUUAAUGUGACAAUGAAUUUUGAAGAGCUGCUGUGCCUAGCAGUUAACCCUUAUUCGUUUCAAAAUUCCAAAUAGAUUUUCUUUGACUAUAAAUUACUUUGGUUAUAAAUGCUCCGAAGGUUUCCCUGUCCCCAGCCCGCAGAUUUGAUAUUUCAGGCAUUUUAAUUGAACACAAAAACAUAGUUGUUGCAGAGUAGGUUUUUCACUCACCACAAGGAAGGCAGGUGCAGCUGUAAGCAUAAACUAUAAACCUAUACAGUGGUACCUUGGGUUAAGUACAGUGGUGCCUCGCAAGACGAAAUCAAUCCGUUCCGCGAGUGUCUUCGUCUAGCGGUUUUUUCGUCUUGCGAGGCAUUCGUCUUGUGGGGCACCACUGUACUUAAUUCGUUCCGGAGGUCCGUUCUUAACCUGAAACUGUUCUUAACCUGAAGCACCACUUUAGCUAAUGGGGCCUCCUGCUGCUGCCGUGCCGCUGGAGCACAAUUUCUGUUCUCUGUUCUGUCCUGAAGCAAAGUUCUUAACCUGAGGCACUAUUUCUGGGUUUCCUGAAGCGUAUGUAACCCAAGGUACCACUGUAAUCAGCUAUUACUGGUUACUGCAUAAGCAAGGAAUAAAGGCGAAAGAGAAACUAAAUUCACAACUCAAGAAGGACACUUAACUUCCUGGGCAUAGAAUCAUUAACCUUUUGGUGACCUUUUCUCUCAGUACAAUGAGUAUUAAUUAAAGACUGUUGCUUAUUCCAACAGAGAUAAGGUACAGUGGUACCUCAGGUUACACAUGCUUCAGGUUACAUACGCUUCAGGUUACAGACUCUACUAACCCAGAAAUAGUGCUUCAGGUUAAUAACUUUGCUUCAGGAUGAGAACAGAAAUUGUGCUCUGGUGGCGCAGCAGCAGCAGGAGGCCCCAUUAGCUAAAGUGGUGCUUCAGGUUAAGAACAGUUUCAGGUUAAGAACGGACCUCCAGAACAAAUUAAGUACUUAACCUGAGGUACCACUGUAUUUAAGAAUAGGCUUCUUUAAGAACUAGUAAUAGUCUGAACUUGGCUGAUUGAAGGUGCUAUCAAAAUUAAUAACCAAUUUACCAAAUUUUCAAUAGGGCUAUACUAAAUAUGGGCAAAAGUUGAUUAAAGAGCUAAUAAGUAAUAUUGGUUGGUUAGUCUCUUUUAACUUAAUAUCUUUGCUGUGUGUAGGUCUGUCCUGCAGCAAGAAUUGAUCUUUUGCAAAGCUGUGGUUUGCAAGCUCUUCAUCUCUGACGUUACCCAUUGCUGGAUUUGUACCUUGCUCCCAAGAGACUGAAAGGUAAGGGAUCCCUGCAAAUGAUCUCACUUUGCUUACAGUUUAUUUUUGUUAACAGUUGUGCUUUGCUGUAAAGCACAAUCCAAACUUUCCAUAUUACCUUUUUCUCCUGUGUUGAAAUAAACAUAAUGGAAAAACCUUCAUAUAAACCAGGCAUAUCCAACUUUUAAGAGACUGAGAUCUACUCCCACUAUUAAAACUAGCAGUGAUCUACCAAAGUUGUUGUGCUUUUGGGGGGCAGGUCCAGUGAUCUACCAUGGACACCCCGUGAUCUACCAGUAGAUUGUUGGACGCCCCUGAUAUAAACUAUUGAUGUGGUAGGGGGAGAGUUGCAAGACUGCUAUGCUCCUUGAGAUUCUAGCAGAUGCUUUAUGAAAGUCGUUCAUGCCACAGUUAUGCUAUGAUUUUUACAGAUGGGACCAAAUCAAGAUGACAUGUGGAAGCAGCAUUGGUCUGUACAGACCACGCUUUUGCAAGGAAGUUCCCUUCUAAAUCAGCAAGUAUUCACUGCAGAUUUCCCCCCUGUCUCACUAGCCUUGAAUUACAUUACAUUCCUGGACUAGGAAAAGCCUGUUACUUAAUGCUAAUUCCUGGAAUUCAUGCCCUAGAGUCGUUCAGGUACAACAUGUACUUGUUCUUCUUUAAUCUUCUCUGAGUUGGAGGCACUUUAUUCUUUUGACUUUUGAGUCGUUUGCUGGGUUUAGCAACUCGUUGGAAACAAAGGCAAUAAGCUGUCUGAGCAGGGUCCACGUUGACAUUUGGUGUGUACAGAUUCCAUUUAAUGAUGUUAUUCUCGUUGUCAAAUCCCUAGUGAUGGGACCACCAUGGCAAGAGCUCAGAAAAAUCCCAACCCCAACAAGGUCAAAACCUACAUUCUUGUUAUGGUCAAAGAAGUGUAUCAAGACAAAUAGGCAAGAAGUUCUCCUGCUUGGCUAAGGAUUGAACAUGAUACCCACACAAAUCAAUAUCUGCUGGAGAGAUAGGUCCUGUCAGUGUACCUCUCUGUUAGUUCAUUUAUGUAUUAGAUUUCUCACCUUUACUCCAAGGAGCUCAAGGUGGUGGCAUACAUGGUUUUCCCCCUUCCCAUUUUAUUCUCACCACAGCCUUGUGUGAUAGGUUAGGCUGAGAGACAGUGACUGGCCCAAGGUCAUGGCUGAAUAGGAAUUUGAACACUAGUCUCCCAAGUCCUAGCUCAACAUUCAAACCAGUAUUAUCACAUGGGCUCUCUGUAAUAACUAUUUCUCUAAUUAUAUGUUGCUGCAAUGUCCACUUUGGUGGGCGGGCAGGGAUACUUAGCAAACUUCUCUGAUAAUUCAGCCUACUGCUCUAUGUAUGAACUUUACUUCAUUUCUUGAUGAAAACAUUAAUAUGCAUAGUAUAUUUGCAUUUUAAAAUACUAUUGGAUUGUUUGUGUAAUAAAACCUUGGCUGAAUUAAUAAGAUCUGACUGUUAAUUGAAAGAAGGAUGUUCUUAAGCAGAAAAGAUAGCUAGAAACAACAGCUCAAGCCAGGAUGCUAGGUGGUUUACAAUACUUUAUACAUCUGUUCUUAUUUCCUGUUUUCAGAGCUAGUAGCAACUAUUAAUGGAUUUCCAUCUUUUCCAGAUUAUCUCAUGAAUUGAGCUUGAUUACUUUGUUUUGUUCUCCAUAUUCCACAAGAAACUCUGUAAUCUUUAGAAUGGCCUCUCUUAUCUCUAAAUGACUGAGAGUUAUCCUCUGAGUGGGAACCUUGGUCUUAAAUACUUCAUAAAGGGAACAAAAGUCAAGUGAUUGUUGCUGAUUAUUUUUAUAGGUGUUAAAGGUGCUAUUUACAUUCUUGUUUGUCCUAACAACCAGCUUUGGGUGUAGGUUGCAGUUUUCCUUUCAUAGUUUAGGAACUGUGGCUGAGAGCUGGUGUGUUGCUUCUUAGCUAAUGAAACACAGAAACCAAUGUUUUGUGUUAAUGGGAUAAAUCAGGCCACAACUUUGUUGGUUACAGAUGUGAGCGGUUUUGGCUUAGGCAUUGGAACUGAACCGACUAUAUCUCUCUCCUGCCCGUCAUGCAGGUAGUCUCAUAUGGGUCAACCACUGAUAGGGGGAGCCCUAUUGAUGUACAUAAAUUGUGAGGCCCCCCCCCCGGGUUCCCGAUGGAGUCGUGGCAUGGCUCUAGCCCAUACCCGGGCUUCGGACGGGAACCACACCCCCGGAUGCCUUUAACGGAAUACCCUUAAAGAAGAGGGGCAGCUGAAGGCCACAACCUCCCCUCCCACAAACCAUGUUUACAAAUGCCUAACCGCCAAACCUUACAAAGUUGUGACAAUUGCUGGAAGGCAGGCGAAAACCAUAUGGCUGGUGCCAAUUUGCUAAGUGGGAAAAUUCCUACCUGCCCCCCGCGAACAGGCGACCAACCGUAGUCCAUAGCAAGGCCAAGAUGGAGAGCGCAUAAAAUUAGGGGGGGGGGGAGAUCCGGCGCAGUAGACAAAGGAGACCGAGCCCAGCCAGGCAGAGGUUUAUAUCCAGGUGAGCCAUGCCCCCAGUUGACCUGAUUGGUCGGCCAUGGAGUGUGAUGCAUCCGGGAAUCCCAGUGAUGCAGGCGGCAUCACCACACCUCCCCCCUGGGAAGGGGAGCGGUCUUGCCACCUAUGGAUGCCUGUUCUGAAAACAGGUCUUAAAAGUCCAACAUCCUCUGUCCAGAAUUCCAUACUGGGUCUUGUGGCUCUUUUCAUAUUUGCUGAAAACAAUUGCUUGCAUUUCCCCCUCCCUCUACAAAAAUGGUUUAAAAGACAAGCGUGUCUGCACAGAAAUCUGGGACAUUUAUUCACAGUGUGUACAUGAAUGUGGGCCUGAGAGUCUGCUUGUCUUAGAAAUACCUAUUAAAGUUAUUCAAAUGGAUUGAAGUAUGUUGUAUUUCAAUGCAAAGUUUUGUUUUAUUUAAGUAAUAUUGUUUAAAGGCUUUUUUAUUUUAAAUGGCUUGCUCUAAAAAUUAACCAAUCUAAAAAUUAACCGAUUAACACACCAGAAUGGCAGUACGUGAGCAAAUAUGAGUUAGCUUAGUUGCACAAAAUAAUUCUGACAGAAAAAUAGGACACAAUCUAGCUGUAUUUAUGCAAUUUUCCAUUGUGUGUGUGUUUUAAUACAAGCAAUUUAAUCACAUGUUUUAACUCUUCAAUUAGUGAGACUGAUCUACAUUUGAUUGAUUUACAUUUGCCUUGAUCAUUUUCUCAAUUUUCGAGUAAGCCAGUGUAGUUCAAUAGAAAAUAUUUUUUCGUUGCUCUUGAUAAUGUAUUGCUUUCUGUCAGUGCCUGCUAAAUCCAAAAAACCUAUUUUAUAACCUUGAAUUUCUCAGAAGCAACAUAAUUCUGAGCACAAAACUAAAUUGGCUCAUCAUAAUCUAUAUUUUAGUAGGAUGUUUAAAGCAAGCCUCAUAACUGAAUUUUGAAGUGCUUUGUCACUUCAGCCAACACAAACAUGGGUGUCUCCCUAACAGGAGAAUUACAUCACAGUGGCUUUAUGGAAAAAUGGGAGAGCACAUACAAUUGAAACAUAGACUUCUAUUUUAAGAUGGGAACUAUUGUAGGUGUAUAUUAUUUAGACUGGGUAUUAUAUGUUGACAACUUGAAACGGUAUCAGCUUUACUAAUAUAAUAACAAUCAUGUUCUCUGUGACUAACAAGGGACCUUUUUUUUUUUAUGCUAGAGAAAGAUUGCAAUAACUACUGGCUUUUGAAAGAGAGAGGUAGCCAUUGAUACUUUGCUCCAGUUUGCCUUGUUGAAAUCUGGGAUCUUUAGUCCUAGACACAACUUGCCCUAUAACUUCUUCAAUCACUUUCUUAAAUGUUGCAGAUGGAGCUUCUACCAACAUCUGUUUACAUUCCUCAACUUUUUAAGAUAAAACCUGGAGAACAAUUCUGUUAAACUUUGAAAGAACCAUUAUUUUAGUUUGCCCUGAUGUAACAUUAUUUUGUGAUUGUGGCUGUCUGACUGUUUUUUGUUUUCCUAAUGGAGCAACUCAGUUUUCUGCAUCUUUUUGUAUCUGUGUUGUUGCUCUAGAUGCCUGCAUAUAAUCAUUUAAAUUUGACCUAGUAUAGCACUGCCUUGAUCUAUUUGGUCAUACUUCUUUAAAUGCCUUACUGUACAGAGUAGGUCUUAAUAAGCUUCCUGUUAUAGUAGCACAAGUUAAACAGAUAAUUCACCCACUUUAGAUUAAUAACAAAACACAUUUUAGGUACUGAACCACCACUUUUGGAUGGUGAUAGGAAUAUUCUUGUUCUUCAGAAUUACCUUUCUAUUAUAAAUAUAUAAGGCUAUUUAAGAAACUAAAAAAGAAAGAAAGAUAAAUUUAUUGGGGAUAAAUUAAGCAAAAUGGUCAGAGCACCAAAGCAAGAACCUCAAACUGCUGCCUCUAGAGCAACUCACUGGAGAUAAGAGUCAUUUGCACACUGUCAAAAUGCAGAGAAGAGGAGCAGAAUUGCACUCCCUGCCUUAAUGUGUUGACACCACCUUUUGUACACAUGUACAAAUUUAUUGAAUUUAUAUCCUGCCCUUCUUACCAUAAGGGCCAAUGAAGUAUCAUAUGAGUAGGUUGUGGGAGAUUUUAGCAGUCAAACCUAGCUGUAUUUCAAUGAAGUAUUUUACCUGCAUUAUCUUACUGCUGUUGCAUAAAGGAAAAUGCAUGACUGUGACCACAAUUAAGUAAGUAAAGCAUAUUUAAACUUACUUCAAAGUGUGGUCUGCUUCAGUACAUGAGGGUGGGGGAGUCAGCUGCUUCUUGCAGCUGAAUAUAUUUAAAUGUUUAAUAGCCUAUUCCUAUGCUUCAUUAAUCUGUCGAACAAUGGGAUUCAAUACUCUGCUACACCACCAGCCACUUUUUUUUUUUUUUGUUAACCCACACACGUGGGUCUCUAGAAGAGUAAAUAUAAUUAAUGUAUCCUCUUACCAAUUCCCAUCACAGGUAGGGAUUUAAUUUUGAGUAAACAAGCAUACAUAAACAAACAAAUGCCUGCUUGCAAGUUUCAGCAAGGAAGUUCCUAUCUCAUCUUGGCCACAGACUAACCAUGUGGCUUUAGGCAAACCUUUAUUUCUGUGCCCCUACCUGUAAUGUAAUAAUAAUACUAAUCUAUGUUAUAUUCCUCUUGUAAGGAUUAAUAAGAAAAUGCAUGAAAAGCUCUAUGAAUAUAUCAUAUAUGUUACAUAAAUAAGUUACAGUAGUAUUUUGUUAUUUACCAACCAUGUUUUAGUGAUGGUGGUAUUUUGGAGUUAAAAGAACCUAACACAACUGGUACGUUUCUCUUGUCUGUAUAUACAACCACCAAGCCUUACUAUAGCCACGCUGCUAUUAUUCUUAAGACUUGACUGGCCUCCAGUUCCCAGGACAUCUCACUUGUAUCAUCUUCACUUUAUACAAACAUGGAAAGAUAACCUUUAUUUAGAAAAUCAUUAAAAUUUAGUUUGCAGCCAUGAUUCAAAUCAGUCACCUGCUGAACUUUUUGUUUCAUUUUAUUUAAGGUUUGCAUGAUGGAAUUUAAAUUUACACAAGAGAGGCUGCAUGUUUUAGAUCAAUACUGCUGACAUUUUCUACAUUUUGCUAUACCUGGUGUGGUGGUCUUGAAUUUUUGCCUAAAGACAACAUAUAAUGGAUGUCAAGGAAAGCUGCCCAAGUGUUAGCAUCCCCAGCUCUGAUGAACACAGAGUGAAGAAAAAAAGAUUUACUGUAAGUAUGUGAGCAUAAAGCACUUUUCUCAGUCAAUGGGGGCUUAUUCUUGUGCUCCAUUUCAUAUUCAGUUAAUGGCGUGGUUUGGAUGUAAUGUUGAACCAUUAUUUAGCACUAUGUGAGCAAGCCUUGGGCUGACAUGGUUUGCCCUCCCUUCCUGCAUGAGGAAGAGAUUAGAAGUAUGUGCUCCCUUUUUACACAUCCAAAUACUGUGGUUAGCUUAAACUAGGCAUAGGCAAACUCAGCCCUCCAGAUGUUUUGGGACUACAACUCCCACCAUCCUUAGCUAACAGUACCAGUGGUCAGAGAUGAUGGGAAUUGUAGUCUCAAAACAUCUGGAGGGCCGAGUUUGCCUAUGCCUGGUUUAAACGGUAGUUUAUUUAAACAAGCCAGAAUCAAAGCAUCGUUUAUUAUUUUGGCUUGUUUCAACAAACCAUCGUUCAGAUUAACUCAGUUCAGAUGAAACAAGAAGCAAGCCUGAUGUUGAUUGAUCCCUUAAAACAAAAUAUGUUUAGUGUUGUUUCCAAAUCAUGCCUAUUAGCAUAUAUGCAAAUUUGGGUGUGAAGGUUAAUGUGUUAACUCUGAUUUUAUGCAUAUUGUAGAAUUUAGUACACAUAAAAAUGUGCAUCCCAAGGAUAUUGUAACACUUAUGUUGUUAAAGGCUUUUAAACAUCUGAACUGCAUAGCAGAUCAAAUUUAUGUAAGUUGCUGAUCAGCAUUAUAAAAACCAGAAAGCAACAGCAUAGACAGUGGAUCUUUUUAUUUAUUUUAAAAACCCCAUUGAAUGCAAACACAUUAAAUUACACUAUUUCCCCUCUUUGUUAGUCUUGGUGCCUUUUGCUUCUGUUUCCCUUUCAUUGUUUCCUGUUCUUUCUCCCCACCCCAUCCCAGUAGCUUCUCUGGAUGUGAUUUGUAUUUUUAUUCUGUGUGUAAUUUUGGCAUUGGACAACCUUCUGUAUUUUGUUAUUGGACUAAACAAUAUUUCAAUAGUAUUCUUCAGUAGGUUUUGGAAAUUGCUGGAUUGUAAUGACAACAACCUAGUACUUCUUUCAAAAACAUGGUCUAAUUUUGUUUUGCUGAGCAGUUUCCUCUGCAGCUGAAUGAUGUUGACCAUCAUAACACUCUUUCUACCCUCUCUGGCACCCCCUCCAUCAAUAUAAUGCAAAUAUAUUGUAGCCGUCUCUCCUUACCUCCGAAGGAAAAUACUGUUCCUUGAUGUAGCCAAAGCAGAAGUCUUGUUAGAUCAAAAUGGAACUUAAAAAUGGGCCUUGUUAUAUCAAAAUGGGACUAACAGGAAGCUUCAGGAUUGUAAUAGGUGUGAAAAGGAAAAUAUUGAGUGGACCAGUGAAAGAGGAGAUAUUUAAUACUUUCAUCCUACACCAUUCCUAAUUAACCCCUCCCACAAGCUGCUCUUAGAAUUGAGUAGAAAAAAACAAAGCAUGACGGGCACACCCUUUUUCCCCACUGCAGGUUGUUUUGCUGCCUGGAGGGGUAAUUAAAGGUAAAGGUAAAGGGACCCCUGACCAUUAAGGCCAGUCGCAGAAGACUCUGGGGUUGCGGCGCUCAUCUUGCUUUACUGGCCGAGGGAGUUUGCGUUUGUCUGCAGACAGCUUCCGGGUCAUGUGGCCAGCAUGACUAUGCUGCUUCUGGUGAACCAGAGCAGCGCACGGAAACGCCGUUUACCUUCCCACCGGAGCGGUACCUGUUUAUUUACUUGCACUUUGACGUGCUUUCGAACUGGUAGGUUGGCAGGAGCUGGGACCGAGCAACGAGAGCUCACCCCAUUGUGGGGAUUCAAACUGCCAACCUUCUGAUUGGCAAGCCCUAGGCUCUGUGGUUUAGACCACAGCGCCACCCACAUCCCAUGGAGGGGUAAUUAAUUUGGGGAAAACUGAAAAGGAUUAGGGUCAAGGUGUCUCCUUUAGGACCGCUGAAGGAAAAGUGUUUCCCAUUCAUAACAUAAAUAGAUAAGAAGGUUGGAAAGGCUAAACUAUAUUUUUAUUUUGGAAAUGAAAUGUGAGUCCUCUGCUUCAUAUGGAUUAAGGGAUAUAGUGUUAUAUGGAUUGACUAAUUAAGAGUGAAUGUCUUCUUGAUAGUAGGUAAAGAAUAGUGAGGACCAAUACAUUAUUUACAUUUACUUACAACAUGCAAACAAGAAAGGAUAUUUUGUUAAUUGUUGAGUUCUUAUAUUUGUAUUUGAAAAUGUUCUUAAAAACAUCAACAACAAACCAAAAGCACACAAUGAAUUUAGAAACAAACAAACAAACAAAAACUAGAGCUCCUGUGGCCAUAUUAAAGUGAGGAGGUAAAUAAAUCCAUUGGGAGAUCUGAGUUCACAUAACAUACAUUAUGGCCUUCUAAAUUGGUUUCUUGAAUUCCAAAGUAAGUGCAAACUCAAGAUUUAAUAGGGUUUUUUUUGUUUUUUUGUUUUUCAUAAUUGUUUGAGAACCAGAGGGUAUGCUGGUUCUGCUGUGGAAUUAAUGAGCUGCACUUCCUGAUUGUUACUAGCAAUAAAGAAUUUUUUUGGGAUAAUAUCUUAAGAGGUUGGGCUGUCACCUGAUUUAAGAAACCUUGAUUAGUAAUAUGUGUUAGUUUUUACUGAAAACAAAAACCCAAAUAAUCAACACAUUCAACCUGCUUUUCUCAUUUGCAUACUUAUAUUUUUACUUUGCUGUAUGAUCAUUAUGUGGCAACUCAUAUAAAAACUUAAAUUAUGAUGGUGUAGACCAGCCUUUCUCAACCUUGUGUCCCCAGAUGUUUUUGGCCUGCAACUCCCAUGAUCCCUAGCUCACGGGACCAGUGGUCAGGGAUGAUGGGAGUUGUAGGCCAAAAACAUCUGGGGACACAAGGUUGAGAAAGGCUGACAGUACCUAGCAAAUAGAUGGCGUGAGACAACAAAAAUGAUUUUUAUAAUUGCACAUACUAUACAUCAAACUCUAGUUUAGCUUUGUGUGACAAACCUUGUUAAGCUACUUCAUUAUAGUUGGAAUCGUUGGGAGUUUCCAUUUGGCAGCAAUCAAUAUGCCAUUAGUAACACAUUACCAGCUACUCCAGUUCUUAAUCUGUAGUAUUAUUUAUACAUCUUAACCUGAUUACUUCCUAAUGCAGUUCGAGUUCACAUCCAGAAAUGCUUAUCCAGAGUUUCUUAAUCUGUAAACAUUUCCAUCAUUUGUGUUUUUAAAAAAUCCAAUUUUCUCCCAUCCUUCUUUUUUAGCAGUUUGAGUAAUCCAAACAGUGAAUCUAUUGUAUACAGUGGUACCUCGGGUUACAUACGCUUCAGGUUACAUACGCUUCAGGUUACAGACUGCACUAACCCAGAAAUAGUGCUUCAGGUUAAGAACUUUGCUUCAGGAUGAGAACAGAAAUUGUGCUCUGGCGGCGCGCCGGCAGCAGGAAGCCCCAUUAGCUAAAGUGGUGCUUCAGGUUAAGAACAGUUUCAGGUUAAGAACGGACCUCCGGAAUGAAUUAAGUACUUAACCCGAGGUACCACUGUAUUGUCUAGUGUUAAAUACCACUGGGUUAAUAGUAGUAGCAGUAAUAGCACUAUUCCAUUUACCAUGGUUUUUUGUUAUGCUUAUAUUGGCAGAAAUAGCCAGAAUGGAUGUGAAAAUAAAUUGCCAUUGCUUAUUGGUUAGAUGUUUCCCCUGGUGUCCUUUUGCCAUGUAUAUGUACUGAAUAUGUAUACUACUAUGAUUUUUUCCCCUGAUUUGCAAGUAGCUAAGAAUAGAUGACCAUAUAAAGUAGAAUUUGCCUUUAAAAAUGUACCUAGCAAAGCUAUGUGCAAAUUAAUGUUUCCUUUGAAUCAAGACUCUCCGUUGUAAAUUUGCAAACCAUACAUUUAAUAUAACAUGUACAGCUUUGCAACAUCUAGUCCUGCCCACUAUAAAUAGUGGCUGUUCUAAUUUCUAGAGAAUAUGUUAUCUAAUCAUGCACAGUUCAGUUAUUAUGGAAGGUUACUGUUCAUGCACUACAUUCUUUUUAAGCAAUUGCUUAACUACUGUACAUUUUCAACCUUUUCGGGAUAAAUCUAACACAACUCUAUAGUUUAUAUCUGCAACUUUUCACUUUCAUUAAUGUUUAAUUUAAAAGCUACUCCUAGAAACAUUUUGUUUCCCUGGAUGUUAGGCCCUGGAAAUAUUGUAAAAGUCUGUUUUUACUGGCAUAGAUCAAAAAGUAUCUAGCACAAGUGAAAAGGCAUAUCCAUUUGUACAAGAGAGGCCAAAACCUUUGCUGACUCUCCCACCCUUCUGCAGCCUCCACACCUCUCUAAUGAUUCUCCAGCAUUCAAGACUGACUCUUUGAUGAGCACCGUGGGAAGAAGGAGAAAGGAAAAUCCCAUUCCAUAAGUCAUGUUUUUCUCACGGGUCCAGGGAUCCAAAAUACUUAACAGGAGAUAGCAAUGCUGAAACAUGCUGUUCUAUAUAUGCAAUUUUAACAAUAAGCUCUUAUUGCUGUGGCAUUUACUUGGAGCCUCUGUUUUGGGUGUUCCGCACUGACGCUCUUGGUAUCUUCAUGUUGAAAAAUCCUAAUGUGUUCAGCAGCCCUGUAUUGGAGAAUGCAGUGUGCUUUCAGGCUCAUCCUGUAAUUAUGUAUAAAACUCAGGCUCAAAGAUUUAAUAGGUAAACGAGCAACAAACGUACACAGGUUCAUUAACUCACAACUGUGUUAUUUUAAUCUUUGCAUUUCUCACUAAUUUUACUUUUGUAUCCCUACAGGUUUACAAAGUUUUGGUCUCAGUUGGCAAUAAUGAAUGGUUCGUCUUCAGGCGAUACGCUGAGUUUGAUAAGCUGUAUAAUACAGUAAGUAAAGGGAGUCGUGCUAAAAUUGAAUCAAGGAAUGACCCUCUGCCAAUACAACUGUGUCUGGAAGGUAUCUAUACUCCAAAGUUAAACUACCUGUGUGUUUUAUGUAUUUCAGCUAAGGAAACAAUUUCCCACUAUGAACUUGAAGAUUCCUGCUAAAAGAAUAUUUGGAGACAAUUUUGAUCCAGGUAAGUCACAUAAGUUCUUUUCUUCUUUUAUUGCUCUUUUUAAAAACAGUGUCUGCAGAGGCUAUUUUUAAAGCCUACUAAAUGGUUGGAGUUAGAUACCAUAGGCCAAAAGUCAGUGGACUUUUUUGGUUGCUUUUUGCCUUUACGGGAAAUCCUUGCCUCUUAACUACAACUUGCCAGUAAUUUUCACACGGUGUAACUGGCGUGCAUUGAUUGGUGAAUAUAUGUUCUCCGUCUUUCAAAAUCCACAGAGUAUUAAUUCAGAGUAGCUGAUUGCCAGAGUGCAGUGUCUGAUUUUUUUUCCUUGGAAACAUUUGUCUGUACAGUAGAGGAAAACAUUAAGCUGAUUUACCUUGCAAUCAACGUCAUACAUCUGCUUGUAGACCUGAAAAUACACUUGCAAGAAAAGGGAUGGGUAAAUAAUGGGAGGACCACAGGGGUUUAAAAAUCCCCAAGCUACAAGUACAACAUUGCACAUGCGACAUUUGGAUUUUAUGUAGAAAUGUAUGAUGAAGGCGAUGGUGAAUGUAUGGCAUUAUGGGCUGCAUCUCCUGAACGUCCACAUACAGAUGGUAUGUAAGCGAGAUAGCAAGCACAAUCUUGACAGGUCUUUUAGAUGUGACCUCCCCUGCCCCCCUUUUGAAACUCCCCUGAGAAUUAAAAGCAGCUUUUCACUCAGCACAGGAUCGGGCUAGAGUUCUGGGGCUUGGGGGAGAACGGAACGAGGUAUUUUUGGCAUGCAGGAUUAGUUGCAUCAUUGUAUGGCUUGUGGAUGAAGGUGUUAUGUUUUUCCUGGCAUGUCUAUAUUCUAAAGUUCUGCUGCAAAGUAAGAAAUGCUAUUUGUGUUUAUAAUGCCAAUAAACUCUAACAUAGUGUCUGUUUAAAGUUAUUUUUAAUAGUAAUACAGUAUGACUGGGUAUUAAGAGUUCUUAGCUUUUGAGCCAUCUGAUCUGCAGGUACCACAUACUUGUAGUGCAUAGUGUUUGUUUAUCGCCCUCCUCUUGGGGCACAUUUUAUGUUGAUUCUAUGUGGACUGACAUGUGGCACAAACCCUUACCAAGCAAAGGGCUGGUUUGACCUUUUAGUCUCUCUGCACAAAUCUGUGAUUAGAUCCCUUGAAAAUCUUGGUUCAGUGCUGACUUCAUUCUAUUUAUAGCUUAAGACUUUUGAAACAGGUUGAAAUCAAGACUUUGUUAAUCAGUGGAAUUCUGCCAACUCAAGCGCAUUAAGGAUCAGGGGUUGUUGUUGUUUUUAUUUAAAAAACUCUGAUAGUGCUUAAUGCAGCAGGUUUCAUGCACAUCACUGCCGUUCAUUUGUUAUAUUGUAAGUGGUAUAUUCUGGUCCAUUGUGGAAUGUAUAAUGCUAAUAAAAUAUAAGGGAUGUAAAUUACUUUCCAUUUUAGCAAUUCUGUAAACAACCAGACCAAUUUAUGCUUACUUAAACGCAAAUAAAGUUUCUGUUAUAUCUUCUCAAACCCAGCUGUCAACCUUGAUUCAUUCAACAUGUCCUUUCUACUGCAUAUAUUAUAUCCAUACAUGUUGCACCAGAUUUCUUUCUUUGUUAAAUUUUGUAAAGAUUGGAUGAUAGGAUAAUAAAUGGGUAAUCAAGCAAGUAUCUACAGGGUAGGGAGAAGUAUGUUGCGGGAGGUGGAGCAGGCCAAGUAAGGGGCACACAGCACAGGCACUUAGCGAUUGUGCUGAGUGCCAGACCCUCCUCCAGCUGGGGAAUUGCAGUUGUCAUAUAAGUCAGCCUUUGAGACUGCUGCUGCUGAAUGCCAGGUCAACUCUGAAUAAGACCUCCCUCAUCCGUGAUCUGAUGGUGGAUGAGCAGGCCAAUCUGUUCUGUAUCACUAAGACUUGGGUGGGUGAACAGGGUACAGUUGGCAUCACCCAGCUGUGCCCACCCAGUGCAGUAUCUGGGUAGACUUGAGAGUUGGGGAGUUGCUGUGGUCCCUAGAAUUUUUUUUCUCUCUCUCUCCAGGCCCUCUGUCCAGUUGUGGGGGGGGGAUUUAGAGUGUGUGUUCCCAGCAUUGGACAAUCAGGACAGAUUAGAGAAUCCACUGGUUCACCUCCUGCCACCCUUGCCUUUGCUGAAAGAGCUGGUCUUGAGGAUUCCAGGACUGCUGGUUUUGGGGGACUUCGACAUCCAUGCAGAGGCAAUCGGCAGCGCAGGACUUCAUGGCUGCCAUGACGACCAUGGGGCUUUCCCAACAUGUCAUUGGCCCAAGCCUUCUCUCCUCCAUUUUAAUUGUCUGAAACAUUUGUGGAACUAAAACUUGUUGUUUGAAAGGAUUGGUGCGUAUUCACAUGUAUUUGUGUAUCUCUUAUUUUUUUUGUAAGACCUCUUAUUUGUCUGAAGACCAGAAGCUUCUUGCAGUAUGGUCUAGUCAGUUUCACCAACCCAUUGACCCUUAGAGGAUACAGUCAGGAUAACAGGAGCAUGUGGGCCUUUGUCUCUUUACAUUAUGGAACUGAUUAACACUGAAGUAAUCUGAAAAAAAGUGUAUACUUCAAUAAAAAAAUAAAAUCUAAUGUAUGGUCCUUCCUAAUUUUCUUUCAGAUUUCAUUAAGCAGAGAAGAGCAGGGUUGAAUGAAUUCAUUCAGAAUUUAGUACGACAGCCAGAACUUUGCAAUCAGUAAGUUAACACACACAUAUAUUUUCCUAGAAAUAAGGGUAUGUUAUCAAACGUAUAAGGAAGCUAAUAAGGAAGCUAUUUACAAAUUGCUUGUAAGUGCUCCACUAUAAGCAGAUUUUUUUAAAAAAUUGCACCUGUGACUACCAGAUGCUACACAUGCAAAAAGGAAAGGCUAAUCGCCACGAGGUCGUCCUUGAAAGUAUUUCAGGGGCAUCUGGCUGACCGUGAUUAGACAGAAUGCUCAACUAGAUGGACUAGUUUGCUCCAGGAAGGAAGGUCUAAUGUUCAUCUGUCAUUGACUUCCCUAAAUAAUACUUAUUAUGAGAUUUUAAAAAAUCCUACCUUUCCAUCCCAAAGGAAAGUUCUCAAAGCUGUUAAUUUCAUAAAUAUAAAAUUAUAAUUAAAUAUUGUGCAUGCCUUUGAUGAUCAUCAUUCAAGCCUCAAUAAUAUUUUGAAUUUACACUUUAUCUAAAUAGAAGAAACAGAGGUUUCUAGACUGUGCAGUUUCACUAGUUGGCAAAACAUGUUAGCACCUUAAAGAAUCUGAAAAGAAGCCCAGACAUACUGUUUUUCUUAGCCACGUGUCUCUAUGCAGAGUUAGAUGUUCUUGAAGAGCUUCAAUAAGAUUAAUGAGAGUACAAAAUUUGAGCUUCUCUGACUGGUCCAUCUUCAGAGACUGAUUCCAGAACUUUCUGAGGAAUUUGCCUGUUGAUUCCAGCCUUCCUGUCACCAGCCUGGUGGCUUAAUGAAAUUGACAAAUGUGGUCUGGCUCAUGAUGCAAUUGAAUUUAGACAUUACCUUAUCAGACAGUGGUCUUGGGCGUGUUCCUGGUUUUAAUCCAGAGCUCUAUUAUAUGAGGCUGCUGGAGAGAUGGGAAGAAAACUUGGGUGAGGUUUAAAGCUCCAUUUUAAUUCUGUGCUAAAAAAGCCCAAAAGUUGUCAAUUGAGCUUUCAUGUUAAAAUAAAUCUAUCUCUUAAACAUUUUAUCAGAUAAAAUCUCUUGCAUCCACCCACACAAAUUUCGUGAAGUCUGAGAGCAGUAUCUGAAUUAUCUGCUGGUCCACUCCUGAUAGGUAUUUUAAACUCCUGUUGUCCAAGGAUGUGGACAACAUGCUUUAAAGAUUUGAAACACCCACUCUUGUUCCCUGAUUUGUAAUCCUCCCUGGGCCAUUUAGACUUGAUGCACUCUUGAAUUGGCUAUUGCACAGUGCUCUACACUGAGCUGCCUUUUGGAGACUGUUCGGAAGCCUCAGCUACUGCAGCAUGCUGAGCUUCUCUUGAGAAAUAUGGGUCACGUUGUUCCAGUUCUGGCUCAGCCAUGUGGGCUUCUUUUAGUUUCCAGGUCCAACUGAAGGUGCUGACAGCAGCCUUUAAAACCUUCAAGGUCAGAGGCCUGUAUCUCUCCAGCAGUGCCUCUUUCCAAAUGUACCUCCUCAUGUUCCCUGAUUAAAGGGGGAGGCAUUGUUAUUAUACCCAUCCACAAGGGAUAUAACAAUUGUACCAGGCAUAGGCAAACUCGGCCCUCCAGAUGUUUUGGGACUACAACUCCUAUUAUCCCUGACCACUGGUCCUAUUAGCUAGGGAUGAUGGGAGUUAUAGUCCCAAAACAUCUGGAGGGCCGAGUUUGCCUAUGCCUGAAUUGUACGAAUACAGAGCAGUACCUAUUCCAUGGUAGGACAUACGCCAGCUGAGGCAAGUUUGGCAACUUCCUGGGUGACUUCCCUGUAGCUUGUUAACUCGAAGCUUUUUCUUUCUUUUUUUUAAGAAGGCUUUUAGCAGAAGAGUUCAUUGACUGUGGCACUAGCUUUUGCUGCUGGAGUUUCUGUUGCUUUGCAUUUGGUUGUGUGCAAUUUUCUCUGUGCUAGUUUAAGUUUAGUUUUAAUUAAAUUAGCAAAUUAGAAACAGAAAAUGACAGUAAUGCUGAAGGUGUUAGAAAGGAAAUGGCUUAUUCCAGGUGGUGUUCACAAGUUAUCCAAUUAGUAUACACUCUAGAAGUGGAAGUGGAAAUUUGGUUCUAAUUAACAAACUCAAAAAUUAUAACAUGGAAAUUGAAUAAAAACAGGGAAUAAUGCAGUUAGAUUCACUCCCUGAUUUGAUUCAGUUUCCAUUUUACGUAGUCAUUAUAGUUUCUGCUCCUGUUUUAUUUCUGCUCCUGUGCAGAUAAAAUAGAAAUUUGGUAAUGUUUCUUUCUGAAAGUAGUGAAAUAGAGAAGCUUCCUCUGCUCACAUUGAAAAAGUAUUAAUGUACUAUUAUUUAUAAUGGAUGGAUUUAAUCUCCACCCCUUUUUUUAGCCCAGAUGUCCAAGCAUUUCUUCAGAUGAACAAUCCAAAGCACCAUUAUGAUCCAUCUGAAGAUGAAGAUGAAAGGAACAGUCAAAAGGUAAUUAAAACUUCUGGGUUCCUUCCUAGAAAGUGUGGAUUCUUGUUGUACAGUGCAGUGCAAUGGAAAGUAAAGCACUUCUUGUAUUUCCUCAUCCAUAAUUAGAAUUGUAAGUCCACAUGAUAUUUCAUAUAAUUCCAUUAUUUAAAUCUUGGACUACUUUCUAUUCUACUGCCUAUUUUAUUGUCACAUAUCCUGUGUUCUAGUAAAGAUUAUGACUAUUAUAUUUAUAAUAUUGGUUUGGAUCCUUUGGUCUUCCAACAGCCAAGUCACAAGCACAUCCAGGAUGUUAAAAUAGUAAACAUAGCAACAGCAGAUGCUGCUUGCUUAUCAUCAGAACUGCUUCUGAGAUUAUCCUAGUUCUAAGGAAAUACUCAAGGCCAACUCUCUCACUACUUACUUUAAAGCCUUGUAUACAUAUUUUGUUCAUCUAUUAUGCAGUGCUUGGUGUACAAAGUGCUGUCUGAUCUUAUAGAAUCAUUAGUCAUACUUAGUUAGGGUAGAUCUAUUGAGAUUGAUGGGUCUGCUCUGAGAAUGUAGGAAUAAAUGUUCUUUCUAGCAAAUAAAAAUAAUUAAAACCUUGAUAUGACUCUUAUUAUUCUUUUGUGUCCUCUUUCUUUCAACAGCUAAACUCUACCUCACAGAAUAUCAACCUGGGGCCAUCUGGAAAUCCUCAGUAGGUUUUUAGUUAAAUAUAAACCAAAUGUUAGACUGAGUUUGUUAACCAUGAAAAAAUUCAAGCAGCUCCAUGCAUAUAUUUGCCCUUUUGAGAAGUUUUAGAAGAAGUUCCUCCUUCUCAAAUCAGUACCAAGAGAAUAUUUCUUGUGAGUUUAGUGCAAACUAAAGGGGGAAUGACAAAGUUCUGGGAAUCUGGUGAAACAAAUGUUGAGCAAAAACAAGCAAGCAAAACCAAAUGUGGAGGACAGUGAUGAAUAAAAGCAGGAAAUGCUAUGUGGAUUGGUUGUUGCUCAGAGAGGCUGCAAAGGAGUAGAUGCCUGAUGGCUAAAUGGGAAUUGUGGAUGAGAGUACAGAUAAUAUAAAAGGGAUGGUCACUUGGAAGAGAAAUAAUGAUGGUUGGAAUGUGUGCCAUGUCUGUCACUGGACUGCUAAAUAAAACCAUGGCUACUGUCUUACCAUCUUGACUACUUUAAGUAACCCUCUUUUUCCUCAAUCCCUUCCAGUGCUAAACCAACAGACUUUGACUUCCUGAGAGUUAUUGGGAAGGGCAGCUUUGGCAAGGUAGGCCUAAUUUUAAUUGUUUUACGUAUUCUUCUGUCAUACUUUUCCACCUGAGCUUCUUCUGUGGAGAAAUCCACUUCUGCUGAUGGCAUGAGGUGAGGGAUUAUAGCACAUGUAUUGCAUACAGGGAGUUAUAUGUUCAAUCCUUUACAUCUCCAGUGGAAAAAGGAAUAGCUGGCAGGUGAUGAGAGAAACUUCUGCCUUAGGUCCUGGGCGGCUGCUGCCAGAAAGAGUAGCAAUAGUGGUCUACAUUUUAGAAUGAAUUGAUUUUAGAAUGUAUUUCAAUUAAUUGAUUGUGAUUUUAUGUAAACUGUGUUAUUUUUACUGUUGUUAGCCACUCUGAGCCUGGCUUUGGCUAGGGAGGACGGGAUAUUAUUAUUAUUAUUAUUAUUAUUAUUAUUAUUAUUAUUAAUUACUAUUAUUACAGGGACAGAUAGUCUUGAUAAAGGCUGCACCCUCUGUGUAUUUGUGAAAAGCUAAGAAGUUGAAAUUUAGUGGUGUUCCUUUACUUUUAGCACUUUAGUGCAAGAACAGACUUUCACACUAUAUGCAAAUUCUUCUUCAGGUUCUUCUUGCAAAACGAAAACUGGAUGGGAAGUUCUAUGCCGUUAAAGUGCUGCAGAAAAAGAUUAUUCUCAACAGGAAAGAGGUGAAAGGAAAUAGAUAUUUUAUUUUUCCCUCCCAGUUACCAAAUUGUUCCUAUUUACUUAUUGACCUUUCACUUCCUUGCAGCAAAAACAUAUUAUGGCUGAACGUAAUGUGCUGUUGAAAAAUGUGAAGCAUCCAUUUUUAGUUGGAUUGCAAUAUUCAUUCCAAACUACAGAGAAGCUUUACUUUGUUCUGGAUUUUGUUAAUGGAGGGGAGGUAGGUAUAUUUUUGGGUCUUUGUAUUGUGGCAAUGUGGUGCCCAUUGAAAUCGACAGAACCGCUAGUUUAGACUCACUUAGAAGCUGCAAUAAUGAACUGAGUCAACUUAAUUCAAGAUGGUUAUAUUGUUGCAUCACUUAGAUUCUGUAGCAAGUCUGCUGGAAAUAUGGUGUUGAUUCUCUGCAUAUGGAACAAACAGCUCACGCCAUCACAGUAGCAGUUUAUAUUAGCCCCACAUCUAAACAUAAAUCUACCUCAUUUACCAGCUGUGGCCCAAGUAUGCUGGGUCUACAGAUGUGACAAAAUAAGGAAAUGAUUAAAGGAAGGAUGUGAAGGAUGUGAAUGAUUAUGCUCACAGAGAAUCUAUUUUCACUGUUUUUAUAGUUGUUUAUAGGGAAAUUGCCAGUUCUGCUAAUCUAUCAUUAAGAAUGACACCAUCUAUUUUGUUUUUAAUGCUGCAUUCUUUUAACUUGCACUCUGCAUAUUUGCAGCUCUUCUUUCAUCUGCAAAAAGAGCGUUCCUUUCCUGAACACAGAGCCAGGUUUUAUGCUGCUGAAAUAGCCAGUGCAUUGGGUUACCUACACUCCAUAAACAUUGUAUACAGGUAAUAAUUUAUAAUAAUUACAGGUAAUAAUUUACAACAUUUAGUUGUAGGCUAAAUGACCACAAAGCUGAAUGCCAGCAUUUUGUAUUAUUGUAUGUGCAUUUGUUUCUCAUGCUCACAAAGCAUGGUUUCCACAGAGGCUUGAUUUCUUUUUAAAAGCUUAUGUAAGAGAGUGGGUAUUAUUUGCUAAACGUGCUACUUACAAUCCUAUUCUGAACUGUUUCUUUUUUUGUGUGUGACCAGGGAUUUGAAGCCAGAGAAUAUCCUUCUAGAUUCACUGGUAGGCAUUAAAUAUAUUUUCCUAUUGCCCCAGGUUUUAUUUUUAAUAUGAUCACUAACAACCUGCAUUAUUUUACAGUAAAAUGUUUGUUUUCAAUGCAGGGGCAUGUUGUUUUAACAGAUUUUGGGCUUUGUAAAGAAGGAAUCGCUACUUCAGAAACUACAGCAACAUUUUGUGGUACACCAGAGGUAUGUAAAUGUCUUUGCAUGAUUUAAGAAAAUAUUUUGCAGUGGAUUUUGCAAAACCUUGCUGUGCUGGGGAGGAAGUGUUUGAAUCAGUGGGUCUGUACCAAUGUAAGAGACAAGCUACAUGCUACUCUGCGCUGGUGCUCUUCUUGCUGAAAAGCAAACUCAUAGGCUUUGUCUCAAGGGCAAAAUCAUUUCAGCUGCUACGUUUUUUUAGUGGGGAAAAUGUUAGUGCAUAUAUGGUCCUUGUAGUGACAGACGUGUAAACAAUAUUUUAAGUAUACAUUGUAAGAAAAUGAACACAGGCUAAACAUGGGGGGGGGAAUGCUAUUUUAUUAUUUAUUUAAUGCAUUGGUACCCCACUCUUCAGUCAAAAAGGCUUUUGGAUCAUUUUUUAAAAAAGGAGGGUCCCUUCCCUCAGGCAGAGACUGGGGACAGCCAGGUACACAUAUCCUGUGCCUCAGAAGGCUAAGCUGGCCAGAUGGUCCAGCCAGGCACUGGCUGCUUUUUUGUUUGUGUUUAUAACUUUAUUCUAACAAGACUCCCAUUCUGGGCCUCAGACAAUCUCUGCACAGACCUGACUAUAAGGAUUCUUUAACAGUGGACCAAGCUUUCUAGAGAGCUUACAAAAUCUUUUCGUUACAACAGAACAGCAAAGGCAAUGAGUGCACAGAAAUGUGUUUCAGUGGUGUUAUUAGUGAUUUCUAAUAUUAUGAGAUUAUAAUCAAGACAUUUUUGAGCUGCCUUCAUCAGAGUAACAAUACUCUCUCACACAAUAUUUCAUUUGGCAAAAGGAGCUGUCUCUCUGAAUAACUAGUCAAACUUCUUUUCCUCUAUAGUACCUGGCCCCAGAGGUGAUCAGAAAGCAACCCUAUGACAACACAGUAGACUGGUGGUGCCUUGGUGCUGUUUUGUAUGAAAUGCUAUAUGGUCUGGUAAGUAUUUUCAUGUUUUUCACGCAUCAUAUUUAAAGCAGUCCUUCCAGAUGUCUCUGCAAAGCGGUUGUUGUGGGGAAACAGAGGAGAAUCUUUGUCUUCCUGUCCUAUUGUGGGGUUCCACUGUUGGAAAUGGGAUGUUGGAUCAGAGGCACUGUUCCUAUCAUUCACAAUAUUAAGAACACAUCUUACAUUCCAUAUUCAUAUUUAUGAACAGGUUACUUGGUUUUGUUGGGCUUGACUGCCUAAUAAAAUUUGAUAAAUAUUUAGCAGAUCUUGUUGCAUUGUCUAGUGCUGCUUUUGGUUUUAUGUUGUUAAUUUCCUGACUUUCUACUGGAAACAGAUUAUGUCACCCCAGCACAGAUGGAACAGACAACUGAAGUGGCAAUGAUGCUAUUCAUUGCUAAAUAGAAUGGAAUUAGCUAGAAAAGGCUGCCAGUGUCAAUGUCCAGGACAUAAGCAACAUGUUCUCAUUUGCUCUUGUAUUUCUCCUCAAUACUAGGGUAAAAUGUAUCUAUUAAAGGCUUGUAAUACUUAUGCCGAAGAGUAUGUUUUUUCUGCAUUUAGGAGAAUGCUGGGGAGGGUUACUCUUCCUCUUCUCUCUUUAUUAUAAAAUGCUUUACUGACCUCACAAAAGGCCACACAAUUGCUUGCACUAUAAGCAAUUUUUGUAUAUAGUUGCUAUUUAUAUUGUUCUGGUGUAUAACAGUUUUCAGCAAAAUUCUUACUUUCAGCUUAUUUCAUUUAAAUUACCACAUAUCUACCCCAGCUAUUAAGAAGGGCUGAUAGUACUUCAUAAGCCACUUUAUGAGUAUCCAAGAGACAAGAACUCCAAAGUGGUGGUCAGAAAAACCCCUUUCUUGCCUUUAUAUGACAUGAACUUGCUACACAGAUUAAACAGGUGUUUUUGACUAUUCUGCCUUGUGAUCUCUGAAGUGAACUCUGUCCAAUCUAGCAUGAGUGAACAUUCCAAAUUAUUCAUUUAUCUACAUUUCUCGAAUAAGCCUAGUGAUUUUUAGUUUAGCAUCCUAAUUGUGUGUUUUCCUUGCUCUCUCCAGCCGCCCUUUUACUGCCGUGAUGUUGCUGAGAUGUAUGAAAAUAUUCUCCACAAACCCCUACAUUUAAGGCCAGGCAUCAGUCUUACGGCUUGGUCUAUUCUGGAAGAACUUUUGGAGAAGGAGAGACAAAACAGACUUGGAGCUAGAGAAGAUUUUGUACGUAAUGUAUCUGAAGAAACCAAUCAAUCAAUCAAUCAAUCAACAGGCAAUGUCAAGCUUAGAGCUAUAACAUCAAUUUAGAAUUCUAAAUAUUGACUUUCCUUAGCAAAUUAUCAGUUGCCAAGGCAAUCCUAAAAGGUGUGGAAAUUUAUUGAUAGGAACAAUUUAAAUAAUCUGAGUCUGGCUACUGCAGUUGCUUUAAGUAAACAAAAUGCAUUUUCCAAUUAGGACUAUUUCUUUAGCUUGGCUGGCUCAGCACAAACUGAAAACAUAUGUAACACCCAAGUAGUUAUGCUUCUGUAGGAUAUUUGCCUUGUGAAAUAUACUACUCUAGCAUAUUACAAAGGUUUAUUUUGUUGGCAGCAAAAGACUGCUUUCUUUUUUAAAAAAAAUAUUUAUUGAAUUUUAUAACAAUUAAUGAUACAAAUCUCAUUCAUCAUGUUAUUUACAAUUAUUCUCCCUCCCCUCUUCUGGACUUACCUCAGCCCACCUCCCCCCGCUGAGUUAUUUAGUUUUAUUUAUCGUAUCCUGCUUUUCCUACACAAAAAUAAAAUCCCUUAUCAUUUCUCUAAAAUAUCUGUUGUUCAAAUGAAGUUGUGAAAGUUUAUUCAAAUCCUGCCAGUGAAUCCAGUCCAUUCUGUUGUUUCUGCAAAUAAACUGUAAAUGGUUCCCAGAGUCUUUUGAAGUCCUUUUUGUCCUCUCGUAGUUUGUCUGUUAGCUUAGCCAAUUCUGCAUGGUUCAUCAGUUUUUCUUGCCAUUGUUCCUUUGAUGGUAUUUCUUCCAUCUUCCAAUAUUGUGCAAUCAAGAUUCUUGCCGCUGUUGUAGCAUACAUAAAUAAUGUCCGUUUUUCUUUUGGUAGCUCUUGAUUUGAGAUACCUAACAAAAAGGCUUCAGGGUGUUUGACAAAAUUCAUUUCCCAAUAUUUUUAAUGCAUUUGCAUUCCCACCACAUAUGAUAAAAUGUUCCUUCCUUUUCCUUACAUCUCCAACGUCUGUUCUUUUCUUUCCUAAAUAUCUCUGCCAUUUUCACUGGUGUGAUAUACCUUUUAUACAUCAUUUUCAUGUAAUUCUCUCUUAAUAGUAUGCAAUCUGUGAAUUUUCUAUCAACAUUCCAUAAUUUUCCCCAACUUCAAAUUGGAUGUUGUGUCCCACAUCCUGAGCCCAUUUAAUGAUAACUGAUUUAACCUCUUCAUCUUUGGUUUCCCACUCUAAUAAAAUACUAUAUCCUUUUUUAAACAAUUUAACGUUCUCUUCCACUAUUUCAUUUUUGAAAUCUGGAGAUUGUAUAACUAAACCCCUUUUUAUUGUCUUCCUUAAAAAUUUCAUUUAAUUGCCUAUGGUGUAACCAACUUUGUAAAUAGUCUUUCAGCUCAUCAUACUCUUUUAGUUUGAGUUUACCUUCUUCUUCUGUUAACAACUCUCUAUAUGUCAACCAGCUUACUUUUUUGAUCGACUUAAGUAAAAAUGCUUCAGUGGGUGAUAGCUACCAUGGUGUUUUCCGCUCUAACAGAUCUUUGUAUUUUUCCACACACUUAUUAAUGACUUUCUUAUUAUACAGUUUGAAAAGCCUUUAUGUAUUUUCCCUUUCCCAUACCAUAAAUAUGAGUGCCAGCCAAAUCUAUUGUUGUGUCCUUCUAGUUCUAACUCUUCUUCUUUUUCCAAUUUUAUCCAAUCCAUAUCCAAACAAGACAUGCUGCUUUAAAAUACAAUUUCACAUAUGGGGGAGAAAAGCCUCCUCUAUCUCUUAAGUCUGUUAGUAUCUUAUGUUUUAUCCUUGGUCUUUUCCCAUUCCAGAUAAAUUUUGAAAUAUGUUUUUGAAGGAUAUAUUAUUAUUUAUCACCGGAAUCAUCUGAAAUAGAAAUAGUAUCUUUGGCAAAGCCCUCAUCUUUAUUGCUGCAAUUUUCCCUAACAGGGAAAGAUUCAUCCUUCCCCAGAUUUCUAGAUUUCUUUUAAUUUCAUUCCAUAUUUUCUCAAAAUUAUCUUUAUAUAUAUUUAUGUUUCUCGUUGUUAACCAUAUUCCUAGGUACUUAGCUUUUUUAUGAAUUUCAGUUCCUAACUCUUGGGAUAGUUCUUUCUUCUCUUCUUUUUGAUUUUUAAGAAGUAGCUUAGUUUUCUUCUUGUUAAGUUUAAAUCCUGCUACUUGACUAAACUCCUAUAUUUUUUCUAUUACCUUUGGGAGAGAUAUCUUUGGUUCUUCUACAGUAAUUACUAAAACAUCUGCAAAAGCUUUUAAUUUGUAUUUAUAUUUACCUUUCCUAAUACUUACUAUUUCUGUAUCCUCUCUAAUAUUCCUUGCUAAAACUUCCAGGACCAUAAUAAAUAAAAGUGGUGAUAACGGGCAUCCUUGUCUUGUUCCUUUCUGAUUCUCACAUUGUUUUGUUAUCACUUGAUUUGCAAUUAGUUUUGCUCUUUGUUCUGGGUAAAUAGCUUAGACUCCCCUCAUAUAUUUCCUCCAAAUUCCUUCUCUUCUAGGACUUUUUUCAUAAAGUCCCAAGAGAUAUUAUCAAAGGCUUUCUCUGCGUCUAUAAACAUUAGGGCCGCUUGUUUUUCAUUUCUAACUUCCAGGUAUUCUAUUAUAUUAAAAAAUAUUUCUUAUAUUAUCUUUCAUUUGUCUACCUGGUAGAAACCCUGCUUGGUCUCUAUGAAUAUAUGACUCUAAAGCCUUUUUUAAUCUGUUUGCUAAGAUGUACAAUUUGUAAUCAUUGUUUAAUAGAGAAAUAGGUCUAUAAUUUUUAACUGACUCUUGUUUUGGAAUUAGUGUUAUAUAUGCUUCUUUCCAUGUCUCCGUGGAACCUUCCCUAUUUUUAGAAUUUAAUUCAUCAGAUCUUUUAGAGGGUUCACAAGCUGUUCAGUUUCUUGUAAUACUUAGCUGAUAGCCUACCCGGUCCAGGCAAUUUCCCAACUUUUGCUUGACUUACUGCAUUUAAGACUUCUUGCCCUGUUAUUUCUUCAUUUAAUACUGCUAACUUGCCUGUUUUUAUUUUUGGUAAAUUACUCUUUUUAAGAUAUUCCUCUAUCUUUGGUAUCUUUUUAUAUAAAUCAGCAAAGUACUUGACAAAGGCAAAAGACUGCUUUCUGACCAGUAUAAGACAAGUGUAUAUGUAUCAUACAAUUGUAUCUUGUAUUUCAGCUUGAAAUUCAGAGGCAUCCCUUCUUUGAAUCUCUCAGCUGGACUGACCUUGAACAAAAAAAGAUCCCACCACCGUUUAAUCCUAAUGUGGUAGGUACAAUAGUUCAUACUUCAGUAAACUGGAAUAUAAGAACUCAUUCAAGAAGUAAUUACGGUGAGCUAUAAAAAACAGCAGCAAUAAUUAUACUCAAAUUCAAAUGCUUAGUUGGAAGGAAGGCAUGAAAAAAAUCUAUCAUGGUAUCAAAUAACUUCAAAAAGGAAAAUAUGCAAAAAGAACUUUGAAAAAAAAAAGUUUCAAGCAGAGCUUUAAAGUAAUCAUAAUGAUGAGAUAUACUAACACUAGCAAAGCAAUCCUAUCAGGGUGUAAAGAUCUGUGGUGGAGCUACUGCUAUUUCCUAAGCCCUGCCCGCUUGUUCUGGCCAGGGCAGAAGGUAUGGACAACUAUUUUUAUUUUUGGUUCCCUCCAUUACUUCCACCCAUAGAGAGGGAGGUGCACAAUAUCCUAUGGACCCUGGGACACACUCCCUGGUAAGAUUGCACCAUUGAUUAUUUUGCUGAUAAAUUGUUUUGUUGUUACUGAAAUAUGUAACACAAGAGGUAGAAACCAUACCUUUUUCUUACAACAAUUCUUACAACAAUUUGUAUGUUUUAUUUCCUAGUCUGGUCCAGAUGACAUCAGAAACUUUGACACAGCAUUUACAGAAGAAAUGGUACCCUGUUCAGUUUGCAUUUCUUCUGACUAUAAUAUUGUAAAUGCCAGUGUGCUGGAAGCAGAUGAUGCAUUCAUUGGAUUUUCUUAUGCACCACCUUCUGAGGACUCAUUUCACUAAGAUUUCUGGAUGCUAAGAAAUACUUGCAAGUCAUCUUUAGAUGGACUGGAAUGUUUUGAUUGUGAACGGAUUCAAAAAUAUGUGCAACUAGUGCCUCGUUUGAAAUGUUGAACAAACUUUUUCUGCUGUAAUAUGAGGAACCUGGGCAUUUUGGAUUACUUCCUUACGACUGUUACACCUGCUGUACAAAAAUACUUUUUGAACCAAUACUUUAGUUAGCUGUAAGAAAAGACAUUUCUGUAAGAAAGGACACUGACUGUUCCCCCCCCCCAAGUUUACAUUGAUAGCUCCAAAUUGUCUGUCUUUCAAAGCAGGACACUUUCUCAUUUAAAGGCCUUUGUAAGCUCUCUAGUGACUUUGUGCUUGAAAUGUUACUAUGCAAAUAUUUUUGUAUAGCACUGUUUUUUAAAGAAGAUAAGCAUACUCUGCACAAUUUGCUUGUUCUUUAAGCCAAGGUGAUUUAUUGGUAUCACUUCUUCUUAACUCCAAGCAAGAAUCUGUACAGUAUUUCCCAUCUUAAGGCCAAACUCUGCCACCUUUAGUUAUACUGGGCCCUGAAUUGCAACCAUUACCACUUUACUCAAGUAAUUUGAUACAUUCCAUUAGUAAAACCUAGAAAUGUGCUCUCUAGGUUAAAUAAAGGUGGAACAAAUUAGCCUUAAGUAUGCUUCUCAUAAUGACUAUAACCUUUUUCCUCUUCUUGUAGAAGAUAAAUGGCUUUUUCCAAAGAAAUAUAUAAGGAAAAAAAAUGACUGCAUUUGUAGAAGGGAAAUUUUGUUCUUGUUCUUUAGAAAACUAAUAUAUUUCAAUUUGAUUGUAUUAAAAUUCACUUUCAUGAGAUCUAUACUUUGAUUAGUUCAUGCUUGGAUUAAAAAAAAGCUAACACAGUCCAUUUGUAAAAAGACUGACUGCCACAAUAGACACAUUUUUUUACUUGCCCAACUCUCCUAAAUCCAGUGUGGAACUUUGUGAUUGUGGCUGGGGAAAACAGAAACCUCAAAGGAAUUAAUUAAAUAUGGAAUUUACAACUUGAAGAAAAUAGUCCACAUGACUUGUUUCCACUGUGGCCAUUAUUUGGAUUUUUAUACUAAAGUCUUGAAUCAUGAAAAGAAAAUAGAGAGAAAGGGAGCAACAAACCCAAACAAAACAGAACAAAAUCUGGGCACUAAGAGAUCUUGCAGUAUCAAGCCAAUGCAAACAGACUGCAACUGAGUACCCUUGGUCAGAUUAUAAUGGCACAAUCAGGUUGCCACGGCCCAUGCCAGCAAGGGGGCCCAGACUCUGAGCUUUGCUUUAAAAGUAAAGUAAAUAUCUAACCUUCCUAGAAGGAAAGUUCAUAUUGAGAGACUAAGCUUAGGAAGAUACCUAGCACAAACUAGGAACAAAAGAGGAAAAGAUAAAAACCAGCAGAAUUAAACUACACUUGGCAGAGGCUCCAGACAAACAAACACAACCGGUGUCCAGCUACAAGACCCACUUUUGUGCUAGAUUAGUGCAUCUUUUACUGGGAUCCGAACUCUAGCUGCAAAAGGAAAUUACAAUCCAGCCCCCAGCAACUGAAAGAAAUGCUUCUCUCACCUCAAUCUAAUACCCUCAUGGCAACACUCCCAUCGGCUAUUGCUAGGUAGCAGGCACCCACCAAAUUAUCUGGGACUUACUUCAGAAUAAACACGUUUAGAUGUAGGUUUCUUAGUUUAGCCACUCCUUUUUAUACAAGUACUUUAAUACAGAGGUCUAAUUAAUCCAGAAUAAAUAUAUCCUCGUCUAUUUAUAUAUCUUUCAUUCACAAUAUGCCAACAAAAGGGAGGGAAGCAGAUAUUUCCUUUUUUUCAUGCUUUGAAAAUGUGUAAAUGCUUUGAAAAUGUGUAAAGAAAAUACAGUUUUGUUUAUUAACAAUUGGAUACUAUCACUAUACAUAUACACGCAUACAUACACACGCACUCCUACCAACUCCUUAGGUCAGGGGUUCUCAAAGAGUGUGGCAGGAGAGGAGGGCAAGUGUGGCGGGAAGAUUCAAGCACAAUCAAAGAAAUAAAGUAGUCCUGUUCUGUGUUAUAAAUCAAGCACUGCUGUUUUGUUUUCCAAUGUGUGUGGCAUGAGCAAAUUUGUAUUCUGAAAGUAUGGCCCAGAGAAAAGUUUGAGAACCACUGUCUUACUUAAACGUGUUUCAGCAGAGCUUUCAUCGGUGGCCUAGUGUGUUAUUUAAAACUCAACAGUUCCGCAAAAUCAAAAUGCGCAUUUCAGGCUCAGCACUUCUGAAAGGAAAAUCAACCACAUUUCAAUAACAAAAAAUCAGAGUCACUGACAAGCUUUAGCUUCUAAUAUAUAACCACUUAAAUAAGAUUGGCACUGCACUUCAGUGCUUCAUUAUGUACAGGAUUGAAGUGGAGUGUUUUGUAAGUAAUAUUAGAAAUCAAACCCUAUCACUGAGUAUGAGUUCAUUCUUUUUGAAAUAUUAUUGCUUUAGAAGUGUUAACCUGGGAUUUUUAUUUCUGCAAAAUUGUUUCAUUUUUAUAAAUACCCUAGACCACUGAUGAAGACCGCUGAAAUGCACUUGGUUGAUAUUGCUACAAUUUUUUCAAAGAUUACUUAAACUAACAAGCCUAAAUCAAAAUAAGUUCCCUCUGAAGUAGGAUCCAGAGAGUUCAGUAGGACUUGCUCCCUUGUAAGAGUUGCUUAGGAUUGCAGUUUUGGUGAGAUAGUAAGUAAUUGAGGGGAAAUGUACGUCCCUUGAAUUAAAGCAAUCUGAGG